GCUGGUGUCUUACUGCAGAAAACUAGUUUAUUUACCGUCACGUAAGUUCUUUUUUCAAAGAUUUUUUUGUUUUGUUUUGUGAAUGUGCAGGAUAUAAUAAGACACACAUAAAGAUCUGAGAAAUCAAAAUCCUCAUGAUCUAUUACCAGCUGCUGAGCCAGCUGCUCUAACACCUGGAGCGGUGCACAUGUUGUGCACCUGGGGCGGGGCACCCACCACACUUCCUUCCUCCGCCAGUAUCUAUUACUAACCUGUUUCCUAAUAAUUAUUCACUAUUGCAUUAACUCAUGCCAUAUACUUGCAAGGCUGACACACAAUCCAUCUCUGCCUUCAUACUCUCCCAGAUGAGAUCUUGCAAAUUGCAACAGAGGACCCCGCCUGUUUAAUCCUUUUAUAUUUCUGCAUUUCUCAACAGUGCGUUAGUGUAAUGAACUUUGAUCCCACAACUUUACAAAAAGGGUUCUCUAUGCACAGUAGGGCAAAAAAAAAUUUUCCCCCCUUGCUUCUUUCCAAGAAAACCAAACCCUGGGCAAAGUGCCUGGAACCUUGCACUGCUCUGAUACUGGAGUGGCGUGCCACAGUGGGUUUCUAAGAAGAACCCCCAUAUACUGGAGAUGCAGAAAAGAGAUGGGGGGGGGAGUGGGUAGGGGAAACAGCUAACGACUGUGUGCAUGUGCGGAGAUCACCAGGAGGAGGAGGAGGAGCUAGAAGGAAGCAGGACCCAGAGUCUGCGGGAUCCGUGCACCUUCAGGGGCAGCCAGCGCGUCCAAAGCGCAGAACCAGGGCUUGCCCACCAGGAGGCAGCGCGGAGCUCGGGCUCAUCUGCAGACAGGCAGGCUGGCAGGACCGGGGUGGGUGGAAGGAGUUCCAGCAGUUUGCUGACCCUCAUUCCCAACGCAGGUCGCCGGGUUUGGGCUGACCCCUUUGGCUGCCUGUUGCUCGGCGGGCCGGUGCAGGCAAGCGAGGGAGAGAUCGCGCGCGCAAUUACGCAUCUGCACCCCGAGCUCAUAGGGAACGUCCGCACCGGAGGGGAGGGGAAAGGAGAAAUUCCCUCGUCUCCCAACCCCAGGCGCGCAGGGGACCGACGCGUGGAGCCCAAGUUGCGCCCUGUCCGGAGGGUAGGAAUUUUUAUUUUAUUUUAUUCACGACGCGGCUGCAGCAGACUGUUCUGAGCUCUGCUCGGUUCUGGACGGUGCCUCGUGCGCUCCCCCCGCCCCCACUUGUUGCAGCACCUGCUGCCAUCUAGGUUUUGCCUUCGCAAAACUGAGCUACAAAGGGGGUGUGGUUUGGGGGCGUGUGUGUCUGUGUGCAGAGAGUUCGAGGAACCUCAGCACAGAGAUCGGCUUGCAAAAGCGGAGCGGCGUCUGGAUGCGAAGCAGCGUUGGGAAACUUCUGCGCCCUCGCCUCCGUGCGGAUUCUCCUCCAAGCCCUCUUCUCUUCCUUUUAAGAAACAGAGCGGGAGUUGCGUUGCCUCCUCUCCCACAGUAGAAGUGCAGCAGCUGGCGCUGAGCCACGCCGGGCGAAUUUGACAGGAGAGAAUCCAAAUACCGCCCGAAGGGGAAUCAAGAUGUGCAAAGGGAGCCUCGGAGAGGCCGGUGCCCUCACUGCUUAGCCUCCUAGCCGCACCACCACCACCACCGCCGCUACUUUCGGAUCCGUUUGCCCGCCCCGUCGAACUUCAGGGUGACUUAUAAGCGAAAUGAAAACGAAGGCAGAUGCCAGGGAGCUGUCUGCUUCCGCCACCGUAAUCCGGGAUCGAGCGGACCUUCUUCAGGCGCCCCUCCUCUCCGAUCGCGGCCCCUUUGCCCGACGGGAGACGGUGGAAGCCAUAGACCUGUCUCUGGACGGGCUGCUGUAUCCCAGAAGCAGCGACGAGGAGGAAGAAGAAGAGGACGAGGAGGAGAGGGAAGAAGAGGACGAAGACGACCACGAGCAGCAGUCGUGCCCCCCGAAUGAGGAGGCGGGAGAGAGGAAAGGCGGCGAUUCCUCCUCGCUCCGGGACGGCUGCGGAUCUCCAGUGGACAAAGACGUCUUGGACCGGGUCCUGGACACUUUCCUGGCCCCCUCCUCCAGCCAAGGCAACACGGAGAGCCCCUCGACGUGGCCUUUCUUUGGCUCGGACAUCCCCGAGUUCUCCGGCGCGCAGAUGAGCCGCCGCCCCGACGGGCAAGGCGAGGACGCGCCAGCAAACGCCUCUUCGCUGCCUCCGGCGCCGACGUCACCUUCUCCGGUUGUCGCCUCUUCUUCCCACUGGAAGACAUUCAAAGAUGCGGACGGGCCUCCUUUCAAUAGUCCGAAGGCCAAGGCGCCAGGAUCCGCCGCCUCGGAGUUUUCCAGGGAGGAGCAGGGCUUCGCAAAGCGGAGCUCGACGGAGCAGGAAUCGGACGGCGGCGGCAACCGGGCUUCGUCCGAGGGGCACCCGGGCGUCGCGGCAGCUGACCAGCCCAGCACCCACGGCCUGUUCAACCUGCCCAUCCUCCCUCUCAACCAGGCGUACGUAGCCGCCAGGACCCGGCAGUUGCUGGACGUGGACGAGUACGAGGACAUGGUCCCCUUCGGCGUGCAGGCGAGCACCCAGCUCUCGCCGUCCGGUUGCACCCUCCAGGAUUUUACAAACCACAUUUACUCGGCCAGAGACGGGCAGCCGCCGCAGCCGCCUUACGCGUUCGGCUCCGCCGCGGAUUUUCAGCGCAACCUCAGGAUCAAGGAAGAAAGCCUGGUGGUUGCGGCGGCUAAGAACAAUAGCGGCGGCGGCCGCGGCGGUGGCCGCGGCAGCGGCAGUGGCUCUUACUCGGCUGCCAAAAGUUUGCCGCCGCCGACGGCAGCAGCAGCAGCAGCAGCAGCAGGAGGAGCACCAGCGCCAGCGAUGCCUUGCCCAGACUACGCGCCUCCGAGCGUGGUUCCAAGUGCGCUUCCUCCUCUGCCCAAGAAUAGCACGGGCGGCAUUCCCGAGGCGCCCUGUUCCUCGUUCGAGUCCUUUCUCUACAAAGCAGAGGCUGCAGCUGCUGCUGCAGACGCCGCCCCCGGUGGCCCAUACGGCCCUGCGCCUUGCAAAGCCUCCACCAGCUGCGGGGCGCAGAGGGACAGCCUCAGUUUGCCCUCCACGUCGGGCGCGCAGCCUCCGGUCCUCUACCAGCCGCUUGCCCUGCACGCUCCGCAGCAGUUCGCCGGCCUCAGAGACGGCUUGCCUCAGUUCUUCACGCCCUAUCUGAGUUAUCUAAGGUAGGAGUUGUUCCAGCCUCUAUUUGGGGCGCGCGCGGGGGGGGGGAGUUUUUGUUUUUGUUUUAAAAAGUGACGUUUAGGUGGAGCUUGGCAAAAUUAUUAGGGCCAGUGAGAUAAUUUUUGAGGUGAGUCAGUGUUCCAAUUAUGGCCAAAAAGGUGGCUGUGGGGGCUUGAUCAAAGUUCUACCCCGUGGUAGCUUUCUAAAAAUAGGAAUUGAGGGGGCUGUUGCAAACAUAAGUGAUGUUACAGUUUCGACUUACUUUGUUUUCCUUGUGCUGCGUCUUUGUGCGCGGUUUAGAGACGGUUGGGUUUAAACAGCAUGUAAAUCGUGCAAAUAAAUAACGGUAUUCUUUUUAAAAAGAAAAAGAAAGAGAGAGAAAACUCUGACCCCCUUAUCAUCUGAGUACUGAGUACGAUCUCUCAUCUUUCCACUAAGAAGUCGAUUGUAAAACCAUCUGUUCAGAAAGCUGCAACAUGGGUGCCUUCUGCAGAUCUAGAAAGAAGUUUCAGAAAACUGAUAGGUUCUGUAAAUAAACCCUUCCGAAACACUCUAUUCAAUAUUUUGCUUUUCUGCUCUAUGAAAUAUCUGCACUGUCGAAAUAAUUUUAAAAAUGCAUUGAACUCAUUGACUUAGUGAUUUAAGCAGCCCCACCUGAGACAGGAGGGCGGGCAUGGGGUGUUGUUUAUGAGUACUGCUUACCUAAGCUAGCUGGCUGGCACUGGCUUUCCAAAGCCUCGAGCAAGGGUCUUUCCUCUCCCUUUUAACUGGAGCAAUCAGGGUUCAUAAACUGAUUAAUCAACCAUUUAAAGCUUGCAGCUCUACAACUUACACACAGUCCUGUGAUCCGCUCCUUCAGUGGAGCAGAACAGGGGGAGGGCCUGGUAGGACAGAGUGCGAAUCAUCAUAUUCCGUUGCGCUGAUUUUCAUUAUAGCUAAUUGCAUUGCUUUAGCUGCAUUAAAAUCACUGGCAAUUAUUCCCCACCGAUACACGAUAGCUGAGUAAACAAGACUAUGAUUGUACUGAUUAAAACACAUAUUUGAAAUACAGGGCACUAAUAAUUACAGCCUCUUACUGCCCUGCACAACGGUUUCACUUUCCAGAGUGCCACUUAACUGCUAUGCGUUAGUCCUCUUUGAAAUAAUACAUUCGCUGCUUCUCUUUGACAUUUCCUUUUUUUUUAAAAAAAAGCAAAUUGAAAUGUGUUUUGCUCCCUAUCAGAAGCUUGUUUGAGUCGCUUAGUAUUCAGUUAGUCUCAUGGGCCAAUCGCUGUCCCUCAGCAAAGCCUACCUGAUCUGCUUGCUGCAAGGGAGGGAAACCAGGAGCAAAUUAAAACUACACAAACAAAAAACAUCUACAUUCUGUUCAGACUAAGUUUUUCUACUUAUGGACAGAGUUUCUACAAUGUGAGCAAAAUGUAAGAAUUAUGGAGUGGCAUACGACCUGUUAUUUCUUGAAAACGCAUUCUCACUGUUUCUCCCAAAUAAUUUUUCAAAUUGUAACAAAUGCCGCUUCCCCUCAAAACGGUGGUUUUCAGAAUUUCAGUUACUGUUUGUAAAUAAACAGCGGUUCAUUGCCGGAACGCUUUUCAGAGUUCGCAAAGAUUGACAAACCGUGUAUCAUUUAAACCCCACAAAACUUAUCUUAAAACUGCUUUGUCUGAUAACGCAGCAUUGUUGCCGAUAAAUCUCACCAUUCAAACAGGUGCAGCUGACUGCUAUGCCUUUGUUAGAAAUUUAACAUUAACACGCAGAGGAGGGGCAGCUGAAGAAUAUCUGAUAGAGCACUUCAAAAGUCUGCUAGCUGGCACUCCCACAAAACCUCUGAAAACCUCAAAUUCAAAAAUGCACAUUUCCCGGCCGACAAGGAAAAAUACAAUUUUUGUCCUUAACAUGCAAUAAAUGCUAGAAAUCUGUGUAUCAGACACUAGCAGAAACCACGAAGCUAAGAAUGUUGAAAAGUUAGUACGCUAGCAAAGUUCUUGAAUCCAGCUGGAAAAGUGACACAUAGAGAAUCCUACCUCCAAUGGAUAUUAAAUGCACGGACAUUAGGUAUAUGCCAGCAGAUAGUUGUACUGAGGAAGCUGCUUCCCUUCUGCUUCUUGUUGGUGGAGAAUAUAUUCUUAAAAGGUUCUAAGAUUUGAGACUAGGCUAUAAAGGAAGGCAGCAUCAAAGCGCGCUAGAAGGCUGCAUGGAAAAGUAGAUUGUGCAAUACUCAACCCCCAGCCUGCUUGUGGUCAGCUCAGAUGAAGUUCCAUUGAAGUUGGUAAAUGGUGUGAUCUCUCAGGGCUUGAUUAAUUUGAGGUUUCUUCACAACAGCGAUAUUUCAUUACUAAUGAGAGGAAGGAGGUGCAACGUGGCGCUUCCAUGGGGAAGCGGGGGGGUGGGGUGGGUGAGUGGGUGGGUGGAGGACAGGAUGCGGUCGUUUUUUGGUCAGCGAUGUUACUCCUGCCAGCCCUCCCUGGAAGACACCAUUUAGUGCAUCCUCGGCUGGAGAGACUCAAAGAUCUCACUUGAGGGUGCUUCUGUUAAACUGGGUGAUGACUUGGGCUAUAGAAUGUAUUGCUUAUAGAAUGGUGGUGGGGGAGGAGGCGGGGGUGUCCCCCUAAACACUAGGAACGAAUAAAUGCUAGGAUUUUGGGAUAUGGAUAAUAUAGAAUUGUGCCAAACAAGGAAAUUCAGGGAAUUCCUGUGCUGGCUUAUUCAAGCCAGCCUGGAUGGCUGGGCGAAGAGCAAGUCUGUUAGCAUUAUUUUUUUUUAAAGGUGUUGAUAAACGCAUCCUUUGGCCUGGGGAGUCAGGUGGCACAAAGGUAACUGUGUGUUUGAGGGGGCAGGAAAUGGAGCUUUGAAGCAGGGGUUCCUGGGAGGAGGAGGAAGGGGGGGGGAGCGAGGCUGGGAUCCAUCUUUGAGGAAAGCAGCUUGCAGGGUACUUGUGCCUCUGAAAAUGUGCAUGCUGUAAGGUCUGGACUUCUUCCAUGCAGACGGAAGGUGUAAAUUGGUGAAUAAAUCCUAUUUCUUAAUGCACGGCAGUCUCCGCUGUGUCUUCUAUUCUCCAAAGGGCAGGGCUGGAUUUAGCUUUGAUGAGGCCCUAAGCCAGGCAUAGGCAAACUCGGCCGUCCAGAUGUUUUUGGGACUACAACUCCCAUCAUCCCUAGCUAACAGUACCAGUGGUCAGGGAUGAUGGGAGUUGUAGUCCCAAAACAUCUGGAGGGCCAAGUUUGCCUAUGCCUGCCCUAAGCUGCUGAAGGUAAUGGGGUCCUUUAAAUAUCCAGCUCUCCUUUGUCAACAACAAAUUGUCGCUGUUUUGUGUGUGGAAUAUAUGCUAUAUGGUAAUUUAUGGACCUAAUAGGACAACACAAAACACUGCUGCUGUAUGUAGGUUUUAUUUUAUUGGUUUUUUUUUUAUCUUAUAUGUUGGAAAUGUAUGCCCAGUUAUUUUCUCCUAUAAAAUUUCUUAGGGCCCCCAAGAGAGUGGGAACCCUAAGCUAUAGUUGUUUAGCUUAUAUGGAAAUCCGGCACUGCCAAAGAGACGCAGACCCUGUGAGUGUGCCUGUUGCCUCAUGUGCUCUGCCACUGCUUGGUGGAGAGAGCGCUUAGGUAUGUUGUUCACUGAGAGCAUUUUAAAAGCGGAAUUGCCUUUCGGGUAAUACAACUUGGUGAGGCUGAAGUGGGUUUUGCUCCACGUGGGGGCAGGCUUUUUUUUUUUUAAUCAGCAGGAGUGCAAAGUUCAGGAGCGCUUAAUUUUUGAGGCAGUUUUUGUUUGGUGUUGCGUUACUGUAACAGAACGAAGGAGGAAACAUUUUGGUUUAUGAAACGAUGCAGGGUGCAUAGAAAAUGGAUACAGUGGUACCUCAGGUUACAUACGCUUCAGGUUACAUAUGCUUCAGGUUACAGACUCCGCUAACCCAGAAAUAGUGCUUCAGGUUAAGAACUUUGCUUCAGGAUGAGAACAGAAAUCGGGCUCUGGAGGCGUGGCAGCAGCAGGAGGCCCCAUUAGCUAAAGUGGUGCUUCAGGUUAACAACAGUUUCAGGUUAAGUACAGACCUCCGGAACAUAAUAAGUACUUAACCUGAAGUACCACUGUACAGGGAAGUUUUUCUCCCUCUUCGAUGCUGGGUGGGGAUCAUUAAAUGGAACUCAGCAGAGGGAAAUUCAGGACAGACAAAUGCAAGUAUGCUAUAUGUUUAUAAACUUAAAAUUUUUAGAAUCUAUAAGCAUCUAUACAGUGGUACCUCGGGUUACAGACGCUUCAGGUUACAGACGCUUCAGGUUACAGACUCCGCUACCCCAGAAAUAGUACCUCGGGUUAAGAACUUUGCUUCAGGAUGAGAACAGAAAUCGUGCAGUGGCGGCGCAGCGACAGCAGGAGGCCCCAUUAGCUAAAGUGGUGCUUCAGGUUAAGAACAGACCUCCAGAACGAAUUAAGUUCUUAACCCGAGGUACCACUGUAAAUCUGUAUAACGGUGGCCCCAAAUCUCUUCAGCAACUAUCCCCAUGGUUCCACAAAUUCAUCCCUGGCACCCCCUACCUAACGCUAUAUAGAGCAUUAUUCAAAAUUGUGGUUUGCAUGACCCAGUGAGGAAGAUAACAGCACAAAUAAGUUCAGCAACAUCUCAAAGACCAAAGGUUCCCCACACCAAUAGUGGAUAGCACACAUGUCAGCAACAUGUGGGGAACAGUGCAGUUUUCAAUGUUAAUCAGCUGCACAGGUGAGGGGUGCUGCUCCCCCCCCAUCUUCAUCUUACCUUCCAUAAAUCUCUCCUCCCCUGGUGCUUUCCCUCCACUUGGCUCACAUCUAGUAGGAGGUACUGUACCAGAUGAGCAUCAUGAGUGACAGACCAGAGGGCAGGCAAGGGGAACCUUUUGGCACAUCAGAUGUCGCCGAACUACAACUCCCAGGAUCCCUGGCCAUUGGACACACUUGUUCAGAAACAUCUGGAGUGCCGGACGUUCCCCAACCAGCUGUAGGGAGACAGUCUGUAGGUGGUCUGAGGGCUUUGUUUUUGUUCGUAAAAUCGGACCUCCGGCACUUUAUAUGUAAUUGAUGGAUGCAUUUAAUUAUUAUUAUUAUUAUUAUUAUUAUUAUUAUUAUUAUUAUUUAUACCCCGCCCUCCCCAGCCAAGGUCUGGCUCAGGGCGGCUAACAAGCAAUAAUAAAAAACCAAUACAAUUUAAAAACAAGAUUAAAAUACAACAUUAAAAUAUUGAAACAUUAAAAUAUAAAAAUGCAGCCUCAUCACAGGAGGAGAAAGGAAAAAGAAAAAAGAAAUAGGGGGAAGGAAUCAAAUUGGUUCCAAACCAAAGGCCAGGCGGAACAACUCUGUCUUACAGGCCCUGCGGAAAGAAAUCAGAUCCUGCAGGGCCCUGGUCUCAUGAGGCAGAGCGUUCCACCAGGCCGGAGCCAGAGUUGAAAAGGCCCUGGCUCUGGUUGAAGCCAAUCUAACUUGCUUAGGGCCUGGGACCACUAGGGUGUUGUUAUUUAUGGACCAUGAGGCUCUCCGUGGGGCAUACCGGGAGAGGCGGUCCCAUAGGUACGAGGUCCCAGGCCGUGAAGGGCUUUAAAGGUCAAAACCAGCACCUUAAAUCUGACCCUGUACUCCACCGGGAGCCAGUGCAGCUUGAAAAGCACUGGGUGAAUAUGCUCCCGUGGCAGAGACCCCGUGAGGAGCCUCGCUGCAGCAUUCUGCACCCGCUGGAGUUUCUGGGAGAAACACACUUGCCGAUGCCUCAUCAGUUUUGGCGUAGGGGUGACCUCACAACUGUUGAAGAACCACUGUUUUGGUGCUUAUGGACUUGGAUGUUUUUCUCUCCAGACCUCUGCCUUUGCAACGUUGGCUGUCCCUUGCAAAGUAAGACUUGCCAUUUUUCCUGCCUUACUCAUGAUGCAUUUUUAGGCUCAUUUUUGUUUCCUUUCUCCAGGUCAGAUGCAGAUGCUGGCCAGAGUCCUCAGUAUGCUUUUGAAUCGUUGCCUCAGAAGAUCUGCCUCAUCUGCGGCGAUGAAGCUUCGGGCUGCCAUUACGGAGUCCUUACCUGUGGAAGUUGCAAAGUCUUCUUCAAGAGAGCCAUGGAAGGUACUGUGCAGUGCCAUUCGUUGUCGUGGUCGCCUUAUAAUUAUCAUGGAAUGUGUAAUAAUUAUUAUAUAGAAGAGUCAUAAGUUUUAUACAUUCCUUAUCAUUAUCAUGGUUGCCUAAUAAUUAAUAUGAAAUUGUUAUGGAAUUAUUAAUAUGGAACACAAGUCCUAAAAAAACCUUUAAGGGAUUUGAUUUGAUUGAUUAGUUGCAUUUCUAUGCCACUUUUCAUUCAAACGAACCUCAAAGUGGCUUACAACCAAUAAUUAACCAAAACAUAAUAAAACAUAACAGCACAUCGCGAAUACAGCAUACAUCAUAUAAAAUAAUUAACAAAUUAUCAGUAAAACAGUUGCAAUCUAUUAAAAAAACUUAACGAAACAGCAACUAAAAAAUAAGAUAAACCUCACAAUUAUGGCAAGUCAUGUGAAUAACUUAAGGAUACUUUUCUAGCAUGGUUGUUGGUGUGUCUUGCAUUUAAAAAGGGAUGAGCCUUCUAGAUGUUGUUGGACUCCAACUCAAUGGGCAGGUAUGAUGGGCGCUCCAGUCCAACAACAUCUGGGGGGCUACCUGUCCCCUACGUUGAUUUCAGAGAUUAUUUUCAGUGUAGGAUUGCUUUUGUGUUGUGGUAAUGAUCUAAUGUCAGGUGUUAGGAGAAGGUAACAGGAGCAGGUCAACAACAGCUCACACAGCUUCAGUGAAGUUUGAAGAGACAAGGCAGUUCAGGAGGCCAGGCCUACAGAGCACAGCAAUUCUUCCUGGUAGAACUUUCCCCCCAUGAGGCAGUUGUGGGGACCGAAGGUCCUUGCCUUCCCACAACUCCCUAAGUCUCCUCCUCCCCCAGUUCCUUCCCAAACAAUCUGAGGCUCUGUGGUCUUGCCUGCCUUUGCUCCUUCUUCUUCAUGUCUCUACUGGUCCUGGGACCCAGGGAGGAGGGGAGCUGGUUGCAGCAGGACUCCCUGGCUUCCUCACCAGCCUGCUCCUCUCUCUCUCUCCUGGCCCCCUCCUUUUCUGCCUCUGAUUCUGGACUGCUGUCUGCCCCAGACUCUUCCUGCUCACUAUACCCUGUUAACCUCUUCAACGCCUUUCCCAUCUUCUUCCCACUCUUCUCCCUCCGACCACUCAUCAUCUUCCCACCUCCAAUUCCCUGGCUCUGAGCUUUCUUCCCUUGGGGGGGGGGGUCCCCAGCUGUUGCCACCUACCACUUCUCCGCAUCUAGCUAGUCCAUGAGCAUUUUGUUGUUUGUGUUCUUGAGUGCUUUCAUUCUGAAACUGGGCGUUGAUGAGGGGAUAAUGAGCAAGCAUCUCAUUUGCAUGCAUUGGGGUUGCAAUGUUUGCUUAAGUUAUUGGCUAAAUUAAUUAGGAACAUAGGGUUACCAAACAGCAAGUCAUGGUCCUGCCAGGACAAAGAUUUCAACUUGCAUAAUGGCACUUUUAUUGCUCUCCUCCCACUAACUCCCCCAACAUGUGUUUUGCGGGGAGAGAAGUCCUGUUGCACAAAUAGAAAUCCUUAGUUUGGAAACUGACCUUUACUAAGUCAGACUACUCUGACUGCCAGUGGCUUUCCAGGAGAGUUUUUUUAUAUAUAUUUCUUUAUUUUCCACAAGAUUUAUAUACCACUUGAUUGGAACGAAACCUCAAAACAGUUUACAGAAAGAAUGAAAGAGUGAAAUCGCCAGUAAGAAACGGUUAAAUACAACUGCAUUAUUAAAAACAUUCAGGAAUUAAGGAAAAUGAACAGUACGCUAAAAAGAGAUUAAAAUGCAUGCCAACAUCCUGCAGGUCUGGAUAGGCUUGCUUAAACAAAAAUGUUUUAAGCAGGAACUGGAAAGCACACAGUGAAGGCACCUGCUUGGGGUCAAUCAGCAAGGAGUUCCAAAGUGGAACGCUCUACACUAAAAGACCAGUUUCUUACAAAUGCAGAGAUGAGUACUAUGAGGCAUCUGUAACAGCGGCAGUUCUGCAAAUUGAAGUGGCAGAGGCGGUAUUUCAGGUAAACUGGUCCCAAUAGUAACACCUUAGACUUGGCUGAUCAUCAGAAACAAGUGCAGAAACAUCUCUGAGCAGAGUUGUUACAUGCUGACAGGUUCCGACUCAUGCCAGCAACCGUGCUGCGGCCUUCUGUAAAAACUGCAGCUUCUGAAUCAAGUGCAAGGGAAGCCCCACAUAGAGCACAUUGCAUUGAUCCAGUCUUGAAGUAACCAAACUACAGUGGCCAAGGUUUCCCAGUCCAGGAACAGCCAUAGUUGUUGCACCAGCCACAGCUGGUAAUAGGUACUCCUAGCCACUGAGGGUAUCUGGUCUUGAUCCAGAAGCCCCCUCAGACUGUGAACCUGUUCCUUCAGGGGGAGAGCAACCUCAUCCAGGGUUGGCAGUUGACCAAUUUCUCAAGUAUGGCACCUCACCCACAAUGCUUCCAUCCUGCCAGGAUUCAAUCUUGGCUGGUGUUUCCUCAUCUAUCCUCCCAUCUCAUCUAGGCACCAGCUCAGGAAUUCCACAGCCUCUCCUGAUGCAGACACCUUGCCCCCAUGCACCUCUUGGCUACUCUCAACAACUUCGAAUAGAUUUUUUAAAUUGCAUUGGAGAUAAACAGGUUUCAGUCAAGGUAUUUUCCCAGCCCUUUCUUGUGACACCAAGCAAGGGUUGAAACCAGGACCUCCUGCAUGCCUGACAGAUCCUCUGCAGCCCUCCCCACUGAGCCGCAUUCUUUCCCCUUUUGACUGAUGAAAAAGAUGCCCCCAUUAAUCUGGCAAUAGGUUGCUCUGCUUUUCAUUUUAUAAAAAUACCGUUUGCUAUAAAAACUGCAGGUGGUGUUCCCCAUCUUCCCUUUACACAUACACACACACGGCAUGCCUGUUCAAGGUGGUGUCUGCUCAGAUGUGCGUGGGUGUCAACUGCAAAUGUGGAAAUUGGGCUGCUCACUUCAGAAAUACAGGGUUUUGCCCUCGUGCAAAUUCAGUGUGAAAGCAUGGCUGUGUUUGCAAAACACAAACACAAAAAAAGAACAACCAAAAACCAUAUCCUAUGGUUUGCAAGUACCGUAUUGGCCCAAAUCAUUUUCUACCUGUGUUACUUUGAGGCAAUUUACCGUAUUUUUCACUCUAUAAGAUGCACUUUUUCCCUCCUAAAAAGUAAGGGGAAAUGUGUGUGCGUCUUAUGGAGCGAAUGCAGGCAGGAGGCUCUGCUCAGCGCUCCCUUUAAAGAGCCACAUGGAGUGUGUGUGCGGCUCUUGGGGGCUUUUCCCCGAGGAGGGAGAAGGGCUGCCCUUCUCCCACCUUGGGGAAAAGCCCCCAAGAGCCGCACACAUGCUCCGCACGCUCUUUAAAGGGAACAUGGCUCUUGGGGGAGCCUUCAUCCCCCAUCCCGGGCGAGGCUGCGCGCAGCUAUCCCAUAAGCCAGGACAGCAAGCGGGAUCGCUAUGCAGCGAUCCCGCUUGCUGUCCUGGUUUCUGGCUUAGCGCGCGGCUCUUGUGGGAGGUGGGGGAAGGGACAGAGUAUGCAGCUCUGUCCCUUCCCCCACCUCCCGCAAACACCCCCAAGAGCCGCACUCCCUUUAAAGAGCCGCGCGGAACGUGUGUGCAGCUCUUGUAGAAGUUUCCCUAAGGAGGUAGAAUGACAGCCCGUCAGUGAUGGGCUGCCCUUUUCCCUCCUCAGAGAAAAACCAGCAAGCGCCGCACACACGCUCCACACGGCUUGUGAAAGGGAGCGUUGAGCAGAGCCUGGGAUGCAUACAGGCUCUGCCCAGCGCUCCCUUUAAAGAAUAUUUUUCCCCUUGCAUUCUCCCUCUAAAAACUAGGUGCGUCUUAUGGUCAGGUGUGUCUUAUGGAGCGAAAAAUGCUGUACUUACAUUCAUUUUUUGGUAGAGUUGCAAGCUUGGUGGAUCAAGGGGAUGCUGUGGGCAUAGUGUAUCUUGAUUUCAGUCAUGCUUUUGACAAAAUCUCCCAAGAUAUUCUUGUGAGGAAGCUGGUAAAAUGUGGGUUGAGCGAGGUAACUGUUAGGGGGAUUUGUAGCUGGUUGGCUGACCAAACCCAAAGAGUAGUCAUUAAUGGUUCCUUGUCAUCCUGGAAAACAGUGACUAGAGGGGUGCCACAAGAACUUUCUGACAGUAAGAGCUCUUGUUGCAGGUAGUUUCUGUGCUCCCUGAAUGCCCUCACAUCUCUAAGCAGUUUUAAUACGACUCUAACAGCAUGACAUGACUAACAGCAGACAGUUCCAAGUUACUUCUGUUUCGCUUCUUUAUACAAUUGAACUGUAGUAUCCUGGUGGCAGUCACUGUUUCAGAGUCACUGCUUUCAGCCCCUCACAAUUUUGUGGAUGGAAAAAUUGUGUUGUGGUUGUGGGGUUCUUGGGCAACAAACUCCAUUUUCUGAAACAAAUAAGAGCCUCCCCUCAAAUAAAUCAGCAAGGAUGUUUGGCUGUUUGUCAGUCUUGUAUAGCCUUCCCAUAAACUUUGUGCAAACCACUCAAGAUGAAUGUACAAUAAACAGGUUCUCUGAUAGCAACCCAUGUCAGUACAUAGCAACCCAGUAAUUAGAGCAGCAAAAGGAAACCAUCUGCUAAGAGUUUGCACUCUUGGUAACAUUUGUAUUCCCUCUUUGAACUCUUUGGUGGCCCUUCACCCUGGUCGAGAAGAAUGUUUUUGGUCUGCAUCAAGAGAAAAUGGAAUGUGCCUCCAGGGAAGUCAAACCACUGGAGAAUCGCAGCGCCUGCUGUGGCUGCAGAGACUCGUUACUAGUGAUGACUGCAUCUCAUGUUGUCUUUGCUGCAUUAGCUGCACCGAAGUGACCUCCCCAGGGUGCAAGCCUAGGCAGUGAGUAUGGAGGUCCUGGGCUGCCCAGAUGACAAGAACCCCCUCUUGGCAUCACUGAUGUGGUCCAAAGGAAAGCAGAGCAAUAUGUUUGGCACCAGCUUUGCUAUAGGAGUUGCCAGAAGGAGAUGUGAAAGAUACCAUCCAACCUUCUUAGGGAGUCCACUCUGGGUUUGUGUCGGGUUUACUCCUGAGCCUUUUCUUCUUCCGAAGAUAUCCUGCAAGGCAGCCCAGGUUUAGGGUCAGAGUUUACCUUCUCCUAGAUGAGCUACCUUCCCAGGUUGAUGAGCCCCAUCUGCCCCUCUACAGAUCACACAGAAACCACCUCCUUGACCAUUGGACCCAUUGUUGGUCUCAUCCAGUCAAUCUGCCAGAGCCUGUCUUCACAUACAGGGGAAGUUCCUAAUUCACUGAGGGUUUGAUACCCAGCAGGUACCAGUAUACCUGAAGGAGUUGGAUACCCAGUAUACCUGAAGGAGCGUCUCCACCCCCAUCGUUCUGCCCGGACACUGAGGUCCAGCGCCGAGGGCCUUCUGGCGGUUCCCUCAUUGCGAGAAGCAAAGCUACAGGGAACCAGGCAGAGGGCCUUCUCGGUAGUGGCGCCCGCCCUGUGGAAUGCCCUUCCAUCAGAUGUCAAAGCGAUAAACAACUACCUGACAUUCAGAAGACAUCUUAAGGCAGCCCUGUUCAGGGAAGUUUUUAAUGUGUGACAUUUUAGUGUAUUUUUGGUCCCUGUGGAAGCCACCCAGAGUGGCUGGGGAAACCCAGCCAGAUGGGCGGGGUACAAAUAAUAAAUUAUUAUUAUUAUUAUUAUUAUUAUUAUUAUUAUUAUUAUACCAUCACCUGGUUUAGCCAGCCAGUCGAAGCCAUUUCCGAGGAUGUGGCUGCUGUCACAUGCUGACAGUUUCUAGAAGACUGGUCCAGAAUCUCUAGACCAUUAGUGGGAAACCUGUGACACCACAUCUGGGAUUCUGUGUUCAAGCCUGGGCACCACAAUUUAAGAAGGAUGUUGACAAGCUGGAAUGUGUGCAGAGGAGGGUGAACAAUACCAUCACAUAGCUGUCAACGUUUCCCCCUUUUUAAUGGAAAUUCCCUUAUUCCGAAUAGGAUUCCUCACAAGAAAAGUGAAAAGUUGUCAACUAUGCCAUCAAGGCUCUGGAAGUCAAGCCUUAUGAGGAGCGGUUGAAGGAGCUGUGUGUAUUUAACAUGGAAAAGAGGAGACUGAGAGGAGAUAUGAUAGCCAUCUUCAAAUAUCUCAAGGGCUGUCACAUGGAAGAUGGAGUGAGCUUGUUUUCUCCUGCUCCGGAGGGUAGGACUCGAACCAAUGGCUUCAAAUUACAAUAAAGGAGAUUCUGACUAAACACCAGAAAAAACAUUCUGACGUAAGAGCUGUUUGACAGUGGAGGAACAGUCUCCCUUGGCAGGUUGUGGACUCUCCUUCUCUGGAAGUUUUAAAGCAGAGGUUGGAUGGCUGUCUGCCAUGGAUGCUUUAGGUGACAUUCCUGCAUUGCAGGGGGUUGGACUAGAUGACCCUUGGGUCCCUUCCAACUCUACGAUUUUAUGGUUCUGUGAUUCUGUGAAUGGGCAGCUGAUUUUCAAGGAGCCAAAGAAAUAGAACUUCUAUGUGCAGGAUGUUGAAUGAUGCUAUUGUAUUAAUGUUGUUCCAUGCAGGAUUAACAGUUUGACACAGGGAAGGGGAACCUUUUGGAUCCCAAGGGUUACAUUUCCUUCUGAGGGGCACACGGCAGUGGUGGGCCAGAGACAGAACUGGACAGAGCAACCAAUGCAAUUUUUUCCUUUGUACAGUAGGAUAGUUUCUACACACAUACACCCACCCCCUCCUUCCUCCAUCCAGGCAAAUAAGAGGAAUUACAUCCCAGCCCAGGCAAAAACACUUGGGGUGUGAAGCAGGGCCAGGGAGGGGUGUGGCCUUCAGGGAAGGGGUGUGGCCUUCAGGGAAGGGGUGUGGUCUGCACAGAAUUCUGAAGGCUAAAAAGAGAGGCCUAGUGCAGGGGUCAGCAAACCUUUUUCAGCAGGGGGCCGGUCUACUGUCCCUCAGACCUUGUGGGGUUCCAGAUUAUAUUUUGAAAGGGGGGGGGGAGAAUGAAUUCCUAUGCUCCACAAAUAACCCAGAGAUGCAUUUUAAAUAAAAACACACAUUCUACUCAUGUAAAAACACCAGGCAGGCCCCACAAAUAACCCAGAGAUGCAUUUUAAAUAAAAGGACACAUUCUACUCAUGUAAAACACACUGAUUCCUGGACUGUCCACGGGCUGGAUUUAGAAGGUGAUUGGGCCGGAUCCAGCCCCUGGGCCUUAGUUUGCCUACCCAUGGCCUAGAAGGCUAUAUUUAGCCCCUUGACCUGAGGUUCCCUACCCUGGUUUGUCGUAUUGAUUAAGGUGACCACAGUUUCCAUACUUGGCAGUCUCAGUUUGGAGGAGGCUCUCUGAAUCAUCAGCUGGAUCCUUGGGCCACACAGUUGGCAGGCAUUACUACUCCUGCCCUGUGCGAAGCAUUUUUUGACAUUGGCAAUGUCUGGGCUUGGAGCUCAUUUUCCCCAAGUGAACCUGUGAUCCCUUGGUUGUGUCAGAAUUUGUUGCCAUGUAACUUCCCCCACCCACGCACACCGCCGGCAUUCCCUGUGAAAAGACGUUCUGGAUCCCCGUUACCAGAGAAGCAGCAACUUUUUUUGCAGCAGAAACAAAGCCGUGUUUGCAGCAAAAACAACACAGAGCCUCUUGGCACUUUCAAGAUUAAAUGAUUUAUGGCGGCAUAAACAUUCAUAAUCUGGGAUCUGGUGAAGCGGGACGAUAGUUGUGCUGCAAUAAAUCUAUUCGCCUUUUUGGUGCCAGCAAGACUCUUUGUUACAGAGCAGUCCUAUAGGCUCAGUGGGAGGAGAAAGUCGCCCUGACAGGCAGAUAGGCAGAUCUGAAGCCCUGCUAGACUUGCACCAUCGGGGUUGGAAGGUAGGAAUAGACCCUCUUCCUCUUCCCAUCAGUUGGUAAUUAUUAUUAUUUUUGAAAGAAAACAUUUUUACUUCCUAUUAUGCAAAGGCUGAAAUACUUCUCUCCUCCCCACCCCCAUUCCAGGGUCUGUGCUUGAAGAUGAGGGCUUGGGAUCCACUAGAUUCAAAGCCUCCCUGGAAUAGCCCCCUUCCAGUAAUGACUGGAAGGAGGCACCCAAGGAUGACUGGAGGAGAUCAGCUAAACAGUAUAUCAUUAUCAAUGUCAUUUCUAAUUAUAUCCUGCCAUUCUUCCCAAUGGGCUUCCAGAGACACUAGGAUUCCAUCCUGUUUGGUUCUUCUUCUGGAAAUGAGCAAUCUGAAGUGGGCUACACUCUGGAAUUUCUUGGCCAGGUGGCUUAGUGGAAUAUGUGGAUGGGUGAAUUAAAAUAAAGGCUUCUAUGACUUUAUUUGAUACUUUUAUACUUCCACUUCCUGCAUAUGUGAGCUAAGAAUGGGUUAGCAUACAUGGAAAACUAGACCGGCCAUACCAUACAAAUAAAAUAACAAGACAAAUAAAAAGCAGCAACAGAUAACUAUAAAACCACGAGCCCCAAACACUACAGUUCAUGUUACAGAUGCUUGGAUUAACUUGAGCCUUUGUUUAAAUAUGUCAGUGGCUGGGGAAAACAAAAUGUCACCUGGGAGGGAGUUCUGUAGACAGGGUGCUACCACCAAGAAUGCCCUGCCACCACCCUUCUAGCUUCUGUUAUGGACAGCAGAGCAUCUCCUCCUGAUCAAAACGUCUUGAGUUUGUUGGUGCUGGGGAAGAUGCUGCCUCAGGUACUUGUGUCACAAGCUGUUUAUGGGUCCAUAGCUUCUGGACUGUCUUCCAGGAUAGACUUUGAUCCUGUGAAGGGUGUUAUGAGUGGGAUUAACAAGCAGACCCAGCAGCAGACAGGUGGUGCUGCCCCUCUCACCUGGCCUACCUCCAGCUGAGACAUUUCUGCAUACUGAGAUAGGGGGCAGUAAGGUUGGUGCAGUGUUGGCACGCUGGUGGAAUCAAUGCUGCCCUCCUGCUGGUGUGUUUUCACCGCACCCACCUUGCCACUGCCUCGUCCCCCUACCCAUGGUAUGCAGCAGUAACGCAGCUGGAGGGAGGUUGCAAUGCUGUCCGGUAUUGACCAGACCACUUGCAUGUUAUGAGAAUAUCUUUUGGGAUUAGGUGGCAGUCUGCAUCCCUGGCAACUCUCCUUUUGGAAAUCGAUUCCUGGCUCCCCCAUUUAUCUGCUUCUGAAGCAGCUCUGCCCUGUGCACCAUGAUUAACGGCCCCUUAAUCAGUUUUGUUUCCAUAGUUAAUCCAAUUAUCUGCCAACGUUGUAUUGGGUGCUAUUUCAUUUUGCUUGCCUGCUCUCACCUUUGCAUCUGCACAAUAGGCGCCGUGGUUCACUUUUGACAGAUGCGUGCUUUAUGUAUUGUGCUAAUAUAUUUCUUGCAGUAGUAGAACAAUAAUCAUUAUUUUUGGAGCUUUACACAUGGCUGCUGUUCGAAGCAAGCAAAGCACGGGGUUCUUGACUUGGAAGUUUCCCAAUUUACCGGUAGUAUUUAUUGUGGGGCUGAAGAGGGGAAAAGGAACCAAUCCUCAGCACCAUUCUGUAUUUAGGGAGCUUAAUAAUUUCUGGUUGGUAUCUGAUGCUUUCCUCCUUGAGAUAGUGAGCCUGUGGGGUGGACCUUGUCUCUUUAUACAGCAGAUGACUCCCACCCAUCUUAACAGUUCGGGGAACCCCACUGCACCAGCCAGCCUAAACCUCUCCCAUGCCUCCUUUGCCUCAGUCGCUAAGGUGGAGGAUUCUCACUGAGUGCUACAGCAUCACCUCCCUUAGGUGCUGGAAACUUGUGGGAAACUUGUGGGAACCAUGGUAAUUUGUAAUUACCAUGGCUCCCAGCAACUCUGGAACUGCUGUGGCACCCAUGGGAAUUCUUUUCCAAUCUUUGUAAGUUAGGGAAAGGAGGUCAAGAAGGGCCUGCAUCUAGGGCUUCAGUCGGGGAAGGGCCUGGAACAGAUGCAAAAGAACUAUCCUUGGGCCUGGUGGGUGCAAUUCUUCUCCCUCCAUCUUGUGGUCGUAGGGAAGGGUCAUAGUUAUUCCUUCAUUAUGCAAAGGGGAUUUCUGCUGGGUAUAAUAGAUAGGGGCUGCCCCAAACUCACUGCUCUGCCCCAUCUCUGACCAGUCUCGAUAUAUGGCAGUGAUGUUGCUGCCAGGACACUGGCUCAGUUGCGUUGCUUGCUGUUGGUUGGUACCUGGAUGGGAGACCACCUGUUUUACCUGUUUCAAAGGUAAAGGUAAAGGGACCUGGUAAAGGUAAAGGGACCCCUGACCAUUAGGUCCAGUCCUGACCGACUCUGGGGUUGCGGCGCUCAUCUCGCUUUAUUGGCCAAGGGAGCCGGUGUACAGCUUCCAGGUCAUGUGGUCAGCAUGACUGAGCUGCUUCUGGCGAACCAGAGCAGUGCACGGAAACGCCGUUUACCUUCCUGCUGGAGCGGUACCUAUUUAUCUACUUGCACUUUGAUGUGCUUUGAACUGCUAGGUUGGCAGGAACAGGGACGGAGCAACGGGAGAUCACCCCGUCGCGGGGAUUCGAACCGCCGACCUUCUGAUCGGCAAGUCCUAGGCUCUGUGGUUUAACCCACAGCGCCACCUGCGUCCCAUUUCAAAGGUGGGAUAUACCUUAAAAAAACAAAACUAGGCUGCUUCCUUUUCACAUGGGUGGGCAGACAGGUGUGCCAGGACUGAUGAGGCGGUUAGUGGAGCUUGGACCACACUCUGUCUGCUGCAGUCACCAGCAGAACCCGGCAGGCUCCUUUGAGCUUCCCAUCAUUUCCAAUAUUUCCCCACCCACUUUGGGUUUGUGGAGAAGUGAUUUUGCACCAGGGAUGAGGAAGCGGUGGCCCUCCAUAUGUUAGAGUGGUCCAAGUCCCACCCGCUCCAGCUGCUGAUGGGAGCUGUGCUAUUCCAGCAGCACCCUUGUCUCCAGUCACACAUCACAGUAAACCAAGGUUUGUUUUAAUUUUAUUAUGAUUACACUUAUAUUCCUUGCCUUCCCUCCAAGGAGCUCAAUGUGACAUUCAUGCUUGUUCACCUCCUCUCCAUUUCAUCCUCACAACAGCUCUGUGAGGUAGGCUGGGCAGAGAGACAGCAUAGCAGGAAAAUGGUAUUCCGAAUGGAAUAUGGCCAGAAGAAUCUCAAGUAUUGCAGCACACUAAGGCAGAUGGGUUGGUGCAGUUCAAUAUCAUACUGUAAUUUUGAAAUUAGGCAAAUGCCUUGCAUAUUUCCCCCCUCUUAGUCACACAUUCUACCCUUCAGGGAGAUGCUGGAAUUUGAAUGCAAAGGUCAAAGGGCUGGUUUCUGCAUUCUAAAAGCACAGAUAUUAACCUGAGAUGAUUUGUGUGUCUGCAUAUGUAUUUAAAAUAUACUUCUUAUUAUUCCCUCCAAAAUCUAUUCAACUUCUUCAACUGGACACAAAUAUUCACAUGUUUAGAACUAAUACAUUAGGGAAACAAACAAGAAUCCAAAUUACCUGCAUUAGGCAAAUCAGCAAAUUGUUUCCUAAUUAUUUUAGACGGGAUUUGAUUCUCUUUUCCUCCGCGUUGUGCAGAUAACUGACAGCUCAAGCCUAUACAUGUUUACCCAGAAGUAAGCCCCGCUGAAUUCAAAGGAACAGUGUGUAUAGGAUUGCAGCCUAAAUUAGUGUAAGGAAGCUCUUACCCUGUUUACAAAGAGACCGCAAUGGCCAAGCGCUACAAAGCUGCCAGGGAUAAGUGCCUACAGCAGGGAUGGGGAACGUGUUCUGGCAAGUGGAAUGGAUCCUUAUUUCCCUGACCCUGAUAGGCCAAAUCAUCUGACACCAGUAUGAUAUCAGGUGAUGGUGCUGCUGCACUUUGAACCCUCAAUUGUUGGGACUACAGAGGCCAAAACCGGGCUCUUUGAAAGCCCUUUUGCAAACAGUCCCCUGCUGCUCUUUGAACCUCCUAAAGCCAGGUUCCACAGCUUCAGAUGGAUUGGACAGCUGUGGUCAAAGUCUAAUGUGCGAUAUAAAAAAACCCAGAGGAGUCCAUUAGUUUGGAGUCUGUGGCUGACCCUCUUCAGGGCAGUCCGUGCCCCUGAUGUUUGCGGAGCCAACUUGGGCCUUCUCAAAUGGCAUCUGUCAUGAAGGGCCGUGGUUCAGUGGCAGUGCAUCUGCUUGGCAUGCAGAAUUUCCCGGGUUCAAUCCCUGCCAUCUCGAGGUAGAUCUGGGAGAGAACCUGCUUGGAAAUUUAGUAAUAAUUACUAUAGUUCAGGCUUCCUCAACCUCGGCCCUCCAGAGGUUUUGAAACUACAAUUCCCAUCAUCCCUGACCACUGGUCCUGCUAGCUAGGGAUCAUGGGAGUUGUAGGCCAAAAACAUCUGGAGGGCUGAGGUUGAGGAAGCCUGCCAUAGUUUAAUCAGAAAUACUGUAGGGAGCAAGACUGUGACCAAGUAGCCUGUGUGCCUGAUUGGCCUGCUGUUCAGUGGGACUUAAGUCAUUUUUAACCAAUACUAACUCUCAUUGAUUUGGCAACGUCUGGAUCUACUUAAAAUCCCGUUGGUUUAAAUGGUUCUACUCUGACUAAGUCAAUGUUUAUUACUUUUAUAUACUGACCUCAUUUAGGGAGCUCUGUGUGGCAGGCUUGGUUCAUUCCUUGUCCCGCUUUAAUCCCCACAACACCCUUGCGGGGUAGGCUAGUAUGAGACCCUUAUUUGCCCGCACACUGUCUUGCCAAAGUGGUACAAGCGCUGGUUGUCUCCCGCUUGGACUACUGCAAUGUGCUCUUCAUGGGGCUACUUUUUUGAAGGUGACUCAGAAACUGCAGCUAAUCCAGAAUGCGGCAGCUAGACUGGUGACUGGGAGCAGCCACCGGGACCAUAUAACACUGGUCCUAAAGGUUCUUCACUGGCUCCCAGUACAUUUCCGAGCACAGUUCAAAGUGUUAGUGCUGACCUUUAAAGUCCUAAAUGGCCUGGGCCCUGUAUACCUGAAGGAGAGUCUCCACCGCCAUUGUUCAGCCCUGAUACUGAAGUCCAGCUCUGAGGGCCUUCUGGCGGUUCCCUCAUUGCGAGAAGCAAAGCUACAGGGAACCAGGCAGAGGGCCUUCUCGGUAGUGGCACCCGCCUUGUGGAAUGCCCUCCCAUCAGAUGUCAAGGAAAUAAACAACCACCUGACUUUUAGAAAGCAUCUGAAGGCAGCCCUGUAUCGUGAGGUUUUUAAUGUUUGAUGCUAUAUUUUGUUGGAAGCCACCCAAAGUAGCUGGGGCAACCCAGUCAGAUGGGCCGGGAUUCUUCUUCUUCUUCUUCUUCUUCUUCUUCUUCUUCUUCUUCUUCAUCUUCAUCAUCAUCUUUUCAUUAUUUGUAUCCCACCCAUCUGACUGGGUUGUUUCAGCCACUACAGCUUCCAACAUAUAUAAACAUAAUAAAACAUUACAUAUUAAAAGUAUAAGAAAUAAAUUAUUAUUAUUACACUGGUUACCAGCAGGCUUUAAUAAGUUAUUAACUAAAAAAGAAUGGGGGGAGGGGAGAAAAGGAAGCCUGUUUCUUCUCUCUCUUACUGCCUUGCAAUUUGUGCAAGCUUAGAUAGCAAGGGCUAUGUUUAAAAACACACUCGAGGUCCGCGUCCAUAAUAGAAGCAGUUCACCAAUAACAACUGACUGAUCAUAAUAUCGCUGUGCUAAUGUCAUGGUGACCCUUACAUUGUUAAAGUCCAUAAGAUACUAGUUUUUCAUCUGUUGAGUCAUGUUAAACAGGAACAGAUUGGUUCGUUCCUUUUUAAUAUGACCCAAUUCAGGGGGGGAGGGGGACACACCAAGUGAAACGUGGCUGUUUAGCCUCUCAGUAACAAGGCUGUUCCCUUCUGAACCUCCUUGCCCCCUCCUCCCCUGCAGCUAAUAAAAGCACCUCCGAUGUGCAUUUAAUUACCCAACCAAGAAGAUAGAAACAAUAAUUAAAGAGAAUUAAGUGACGGAUGAAUCGAUGGUAGCAUCCAGUUAGUUGCUAGAAUAAUAAUAAUAAUAAUAAUAAUAAUAAUAAUAAUAAUAAUCCCUUUUACUUUGGAAGCAGUUGUUGUUGAGCAUUUAGCCUAAAGGACGGUUUAUACAUUUUGUUUACACCUCCAAGACAGAUCAGGGAGGCUGACAUUGAAGCUGACUAACGUUGUUUCCAGGCUAUAGUUUAGUGAUUUGUUUGGAUGCUUUGCACUUUAUUCACCCUAGCUUUCUGAACUGCCCUGCCCUGCCUUUUCUUUUACUUCUCUGUAAUCUAGUGUUCAUUUCCCCCAUCUUCUUCCUUUGUUUCCUUACAGGGCAACAUAACUAUUUAUGUGCCGGACGGAACGACUGCAUAGUGGACAAGAUCCGCCGGAAGAACUGCCCUGCGUGCCGCUUGAGGAAAUGCUGCCAAGCUGGCAUGGUGCUUGGAGGUAGGGAGUUUUGAUUCACAAAAUCAUAGAGUCAUAGAAUUGUAGAGUUGGAAGGGACCUUAAGGGUCAUCUAGUCCAACCCCCUUGCAAUGCAGGAAUCUCAGCUAAAGGAUCCAUGACAGACCUCUGCUUGGAUGGAGGAGGCCUCGGGUUCUCGUUUUCACAACUGAUGUCUGCCAGAGUGCCAGUCACAUGGUACAAAGGCUCCCAUCCUUACCAUGCUGUGACAUCAUCAUGCCAUUCAAACUUUGGGUGGAGUUUAAAGCAGAAACUGUGGCAUAUAAACGACAGAGGGCACAUUGAUUGGUUAAGCUAUCGCGGAGGAACACUGUUAACGGCUGCUGUUGUUGGCAUCCAUCUGUCUUGAGAGACAAUGGAGUGUGCCUCUGGGGGUGAAGCUGUGGCCGCAGAGACUGGUAACUAGUAACUGCUGCCUUGCUGCCUUGGCAGGGGUGCCAACUUGAAUAAAAUAUUAGGGGGGGCAAGUAAGCCCCACCCUGCAUAAUCAGUCACAUGACACAGUGCACAGACACCAUUUGAAUGGCAGUGCCCAUCAACUGGGAGGCGGGGGUGGCCAGGUGAAUAGCACAGCCCCACCAUGCCAUCUGUCAGAAAACGAUUCAAGCACAAUUCAAAGUCUUGGUGCUGACCUUUAAAGCCCUAAGCGUCUCCACCCCCAUCGUUCAGCCUGGACACUGAGGUCCAGCACCAAGGGCCUUCUGGCAGUUCCCUCGCUGCAAGAAGCCAAAGUUACAGGAAACCAGGCAGAGGGCCUUCUCGGUAGUGGCACCUGCCCUGUGGAACACCCUCCCAUCAGAUGUCAAGGAAAUAAACAACUAUCUGACAAGACAUCUGAAGGCAGCCCUGUUUAGGGAAGUUUUUAAUGUUUGAAGUUUUAUUCUGUUUUUAACGUUCUGUUGAAAACCACCCAGAGUGGCUGGGAAAACAGGAAAAAUUUGGGAAAACCAGAUGGACGGGGUAGAAAUAAUAAAUUAUUCUUAUUCUUAUUCUUAUUAUAAAACAUCUUUCUUUUUGGAGCCAAGCAGAGUUUCAGCAGAGUCACUUGAUGAUUAAAUGAGAACUUCUCAUUACAGUGGCUGGCUGUGUGACAUUUCUCUCUUGAUAUAUAAUGGACUUUCUUACCCAUAGUGCGGGAGGAGAUUUCAAGUAGAUAUUGAAGCAUGUCAUUUACUCUGUCCCAGGAAACAUGGAUAGUAAGAUAUUGCAAUUCUUUCUGCUGAGGUCUCUGCAGCUGCUUCUGCCCUGAUGUAAUAAGCACUUUCCGGAGAACAGCUAAAGGCAGUGAAAGUGCCGGGCACUAGGCGGGAAUGACACAACAAACAAGGGUUUUAAACUAGGGUGCUGGGUUGGAAUGGAAUUACAAACCAUAGUUAAAGCAAGCGGAGUUUCAGAAGCCAACUCUCCACUGUGGUUUACACCCCUGAUUGGCUAGCCUCAAACAGACCAUGGGUAAGCAGUCAGGUUGGAGCUGGAUGUACCAAGAGACUGGAGCUUAAACAGGGGGCGGGGGGGGGGGAGAUGGAUUGGUGUUGUUCUCAAACUGGACCACAACGUCUCCAUUAUUCAGUUCCACUUAUAAGGACAAGCUUUUAAGCCAGUAUUGGUGAAUCACUGGAUUGCUGUAGUGCUUCCACUUAUUCAAGGAAAACAAACCAAGCAGCUGAUUGGGAACUAAUAGCAGGCCACUUUUCAUUCUCCUUGGAAAAGCACAGACGGGCUUGUCGGUUGUGACAUUAUUUGCCGUUUAGCAUUUGUUAACUGUAGUUCAAGGUUUAUAAACAUUAGCUGCCCAAGGCUGCAAACAGGACACUGGGCAAAAUGUGAUUUGACUGGAGCACGUCGACUGUGCGAGUUCAUGACCUGUGGGGUAGCGCAGAUGUGGCAGGGCUGGUACAGGGAUAUCUUGGCAUACUGUCACUGCACAGGAAACAGCCAGAGUUGUAAGGAAUGGAUCGAAUGUAAGGAAACUGGGCUGGAUCUAAAGUUCCUUCUGUAGUCAAAGAUUUGGAGAGCUGGAAUUCCUUCCCCAAGGGCCCUCUAGUACAACCUGCUGCAGUGCAGGAACGACAGCUGUGUGUCUUCUGCUCAUGCUAGAACCAGGUUAGGGAAGUUGUGACCAGCAAAUCCCAUCAUCCCUCCCCACUGGACAUUCUCCUUGGAGCCAAUAAGAGAUGGAACCUCAGAUCACCAGGAGGGACAGCAGUGGUUUCGCCCUGUGCUAGAGCAUUGCCUAAGAAAGGUGACUCUAAAUCUAGCAAGGUUCUAACUCCCUACCCCAGAUUUUCCUGGGCUACAGCUCAGGAGGCAAACACCAAUUCUCCGUGGAAAAGCACAGAAGGGGUUGUCCUUCUGGGGUGGUUUGUCCACCUUUGGUCCCCAUCUUGCACUUAGCUUUCACCUGUGGCUCCUAGAAGCUGUCAGCAUGAGACAGCUGCUGCACCCCUGGAAUGACUGCGGUUGAAUGGCUAAACCAGGUGAGGGUAGCCAAUGCAUCUCAAACAUACAGCGCAUUAGGGACUUCCCCUGUACGUGAAGACAGGCAUUAGUGCAUGGAGUGGAUGAGACCAAUAGUAGGUCCAACAGUCAAGAAGGUGUUUUCUGAACAUGCUGUAGAAGGAAGUGAGGGGCAGAUGGAACACAUCAACCUGGGGAAGUAGCCCAUUUAGGAGAAGAAAAAGUCUGAUCCUAAACCUCCACUUCCUUGCGGGUUAUCUUCAAAAGAAGAAAAAGCUGAGGAGUAAGCCCUAUGCAAAGCUGGGAUGGAGCCUUGAAUGCCUCCUUCUGGCAUCUCCUGCAGCCAAGCUGCUGCCAAAUGUUUCCUUGAGACCACUGGUGGAGGAAGGUGGGUGCGGGGGGUGCGGCGCAUGGAGCUGUGAUGGCGGGUGACAUCGCUGCAUGGAGGGCGGGCUGCUAGGGAUGAUGCUGUGGGCGGCUAGUGGCGCCCUUCCCGAAGCUCACUGUGUGGGCGGCAGGCAGCUAGGGAAGCUCGCCACACGGGCAGCAAGUGGUGCCCCCCAUGUUCAUCACGCGGGUGGCAGGUGGCUAGGGACACUAGCAGCACCCCCCACGCUUUCCGCACGGGCGGCAGGCAGCUAAGGACGCUCGCCGUGCGGGCGGCUAGCCCUGCCCGCGGGCCAGCUAGCCCUGCCCCUGCACCACUCUGGGUGCCAAGGCAGGUAGCUCCGCCCCUGCUUGAGACCACACCAAGAAUGGGGUCUUGUUGUUUGGGCAGCCCAGGAGCUCCAUACAGAAAGCCCAGCUUGUGCACCAGAGAGGUCACUUGGGUGCUCCUAAUGCAGCAAAAUCAAAGUGGGAGGCAGCAGUUACAAGUUACUAGUCUCUGCAGCCACAGCAGGCGCUGUGAUUCUCCAGGAUACUCCAAGAAUUUGUAUAGCUACCUUACAGUACUUCUCAGAAGUAACUGCCUUAUGCUAAGUCGGAUCAUUGGUCAAAUUAGCUCAGUAUUACACUGUCUGGCAGUCUGUAUCUUCAGGAUUUUAGAUGGGUUUUCUCCCAGUCCUGCUUGGAGAUGCUGGGAAUUGAACCAAUGACCUUCUGCAUGCAAGGAAGGUACUUUCCCACUAAAGAGUUGUUUUCUUUUUUCAAAUUUCUUUCUUAAUUCUGCAUAUUGGCUUGGAGAUAUGUUUUCAAGGGAAAUGUAGCCUCUGCAUGGGAUUAAUAAAGCCAUUUUUUUCAGCUGGCACAUGAAAUUAAUAUAUGAUUUGGGAAGUGUGUUUGAGGGCAAAUGUAAUUACUGAGCCGUGUGAUGUAAAACGCAAGAAUAAAAGCAAUUUCGCUAACCUGAUUUAGACACCUCGGCGAUUAACAUAUUUUCAUACGUUACAUGUAUUUAAAAUUGCAGUUCAAUCACAACAUUUGUGAAUCACAGUGCGUGGAAGAAAAUGAAAACGAGGUUUUGUAAAUGGGUUUCUAAAGGCCUCCGUUCAGUAAGUUUAAAAUAUGGGUUAAUAAUGCAAGCAGCAGCCUCGACGACUCUGUCAUGCUGUAUUGUUCUUAUAGGAAGUUAACAGCAAUUCCGAACAAAACGAGAAAGGAACAGUUUAUAUUUCCAAAGCAUAAAUCUUUCAAAUAAGGCGUCUUAAUAAGUUUGUCAGCAGGUGGUAUUGGGGCAUAAAUUGUCACUUUUGUGCAUUCCAUAGAUGUGAAAGCAGUACAGUGGUACCUCAGGUUACAAACGCUUUGGGUUACAAACACUUCGGGUUACAAACUCCUCUAACCCAGAAGUGUUGCAUCACAUUGCAACACUUUUAAUUUACUACUCAAUUUUCUUUUUAUUCAUGAUACGCUGCAAGGCCUGAAAUGUUGACAGCUCUCUGUUGUGGAUUGGCACGUGGGUGGAGCUGUGGUGUAAACCACUGAGCCUCUUGGACUUGCCAAUGGAAAGGCCGGUGGUUCGAAUUCCCAUGAUGGGGUGAGCUCCUGUUGCUCUGUCCCAGCACACCGGUACAAGUAGAUAAAUAGGUACCACUGUGGCAAGAAGGUAAACUGUGUCCCGUUGUGCCAGAAGAGGUUCAGUCAUGCUGGCCACACAACCCAGAAAGCUGUCUGUGGACAAACACCAGCUCCCUUGGCCUAAAAGCGAGAUGAGUGCCGCAACCCCAUAGUCGCCUUUGACUGGACUUAACUGUCAGGGGUCCUUUACCUUUUACUUUUACCUAUUGUAGUUUGGGCACUGAUGGGUGUUUUAACCUCUGUAAGUGCCAUUUGGCUGAGUCCUGGCAUGGCUUCGAGGGUUUUAACCUCUGUAAGUGCCAUUUGGCUGAGUCCUGGCAUGGUCUUGCCAUUGAGGACAAGGCCUCCAUGGUGCCUCUUUGUGAUCUCUCAGAAUCAGCUGGUUAUCCCUUGGUUUAUUUCAUCCAUUUCGAUGGCAACAGCACGCACAAAUGGGCUUUCAAACAUGGUUUCCUGCAGGAGAAUUCCCAGACCUCAAGUCCCGAGCAUUUUCCAUAAGAACUGCAGGACCUUACCUCUGCAGUCUUAAAAGUGUUAAUGAGGAUUCACACAGGAAGGUGAAGGGAUGGGUGAUGAAAGAGGCAGGGUGAGAGGCAGGGAAGGGAAGAUUUCUCAGGGGGUGGGGGGAGAUUGGGAGAAGAAAGGGAAGCUCCCAGGUGAGAGCUAGGAGGCUCUAACACCUUUUGUGUGGGACAAAGGUUAAGCUACAUCCUAGACAGAGGGCUUUGCAUCUUCUUCUGAUAGAUGUCUUUGUAUUUUUUCUUUCACUUUUCCUCUGUUUUCUCUUUCUUUUGUGUGUGUUUGUUUUCUUUUCUCCCUUUUAUUUUCUUUUCUUUUCUAGAUGAGUUUAGCUUUUAUUGCAUUGUAUGUUGAAAAGUUUUAAUAAAUAAACAUUAUAAAAUAAGGGGGGGAAACCCCAAAAUAUAUUAAGAGCAUAAUCUGAUGCCCAUUUACUUGGAAGUUAUAUCCUGUUGGGACUUUGUCUCCAGUAUGUGUGUUUAGGAUUGCAUCGUUAGUUUGAUUUUACAUUGGCAACACUUAUUUUUGUGUGGAAACCAGCCUGGGGGGGGCUGUUUAGACAUGUAAGAUAAACGCGUUUGGAGAGCUGUUGCAUAUCCAGUUGAGAUGAUGUAAUAGGGAGAUGCCGGCAGUGGGGAAGGCAAAUUGGUAUGGUUAGUUGCACAGUGCUGGUUACCAGAAUUGCAGGUAGUUAUACUGGGGGCAGCCAUUGUGGUGCCUUCCAGAUGUAGUGGACUACAAUACCCAUAAGUCCCAGGGAACAUGAUCAAUAUUCAGGGAUGAUAGGAAUUGUAGUCCACAACUUGCAUAGGGCGUCACCUUCGCUAUUGCGCCAUUGGCAUGCCACCUGCAGCACGCAUGAUGACAGAAUAAUGAACUGCAAGGAUUUGUUGCGUGCUUGGAUAUAACCAGGCACAGAUCUACUAUGAUAAUAAUUAAAAAAAAAAUUUUUUUUUAAUACCUUGCCCAUCUGGCUGGGUUUCCCCAGGCCCUCUGGACAGCUCCCAGCAGAAUAUUAAAAACACUAUCCUAUCUUUAAAAGACGUUUGAAGGCAGCCCUGUUCAGGGAAGCUUUUAAUUUAACGCUGUACUGUUUUUAAAACUUGGUUGGGAGCCACCCAGAGUGGCUGGGGAAACUCAGCCCAAUGGGCGGGGUAUAAAUAAUAAAUUGUUAUUAUUAUAUUAUUAUUAUUCUCUAACCCUGGCUAACAGUGCCAGAAGAAAUACAUUUGCCCAGGGCUUUUUCUGCAGCCGAAACUCAGUUCCAACACCUCUCAGUUGGGCACUAUUGAGAACAUGGGAGGCGUUCAUGUUGAGUUCGGGCACCUCUUUUUCUAGAAAAAGAGCACUGUGUUUGCCACAAUGUCCCACAGAAUACAAGUUGGUCUUGCUUGCUUAUGGAAAGGCAGGCGGUAGGGAACCACAUGUCAUGUGAGUCAAAAAGAUAGCAUGGCCUAGGAAUGCAUAAACAAGGGUCCCUCUCAACCUUCCACGUGGGCCUCCUGCAAACUGCUAGUCCCUGAGGGCCAUAGAUGUGAUGUCAAUUGGGUGAAUGCAAUUACCGUAUUUUUCGCUCUAUAGGACGCACCCGACCAUAGGAUGCACCUUGUUUUAGAGGGGGAGAACAGGGGGAAAAAUUCUCCCCCUCUCUGCUCAGCACACCUUCAGCGAAGCGGCAGGAGCCCCUUCCAUUUCUCCUCCCACUUCGCUGAAGGUGCGCUGCGCAGAAAGGGAAAACUGUGCAGCACCUCUCCAGCGAAGCGAAGCCUGGAGAGCAAGAGGGAUCGGUGUGCACCGACCCCUCUCGCUCUCCAGGCUUCAGUGAAGGGAACCCGAAGCCUCUGGAGCACAGCAGGAGUUCCCGCUGCGCUCCAGAGGCUUCAGGCGGCUAUCCCUGAAGCCUUCAGAGCGCAGUGCGAAUUCCCGCUGCGCUCCGAAGGCUUCAGGUUCCCUUUGCUGAAGCCUGGAGAGCGAGAGGGGUCGGUGCACACCGACCCCUCUCGCUUUCCAGGCUUCAGCGAAAGCAACGCAAAGCUUCCAGAGCGCGGAGGGAGCACUCCCUCUGCACUUCGGAGGCUUUGCAUUGCUAUCGCUGAAGCCAAGGAGCCUGCAUUCGCUCCAUAGGACGCACACACAUUUCCCCUUAAUUUUUGGAGGGGAAAAAGUGCAUCCUAUAGAGUGAAAAAUACGGUAACUUGUAUUGUUACAUAGAAGCUGCAGGGAGCAGCCAUGGAUGUAUGAGACAGGGAGGGAAUUUUUUUAACUCUUUCCUUGACGUGGUGUGGAUCAAUAAUGCACCUCUUAGGAGUUGCUAUUUGCAUUUCAAGGGAAACUUCCAUUUAGGUCAGUGGAAAUGUUCUUUGAAACACAAAUAGCAGCUUCCGUGAGACGAGAUUUUUAUUUUUAUUUUUUUGGUCAGGGCCGCCAAGCUUCCCCAUGCCUGCUGUUUGCAAGUCAAUAGACAUGGGAUGUUAAUUGCAUUUGCCUAAUUAACGUCACAUCUCGUUUGGCCCCGAGUGCCUUCACGACUUCCCUGGUUUUUGCAAACUAAAUUUACUGCUCGCAGAGAGAGGCAGUGCAAGCCUACGUGGAUCAUUAGCAAACAAGUCGAGCCCAUUGUGCUAACCUUCUGAUCCUAGCAGCUGGCAACGUAACUGCCUUUCCAGGACUUCAGAAGCUGUUAAAUUUUAACAUUGCCAUUAAUGGAUAGAUCCUUUAGCCAUCUUGCAUUUUGGAAGGGUGGAGUUCAGAUUGGCUCACUAAAUUACAGGUAAAUUUGUGGAAUACAGCUGAAAUACAUGUAACAUUUGGAUGAGGAGUGACAGUCAUUUCAUUGAUGAGGGGAAAGAGAAAUUAUCCAGCCAUUUCUUGUGUGUGGCUCAACAUUUGUGGUGACUGUAGCAUCACAUGUCCCCCCCUCCCUCCCUUCUUCUACCAGUACAAAUACAGUGGUACCUCGGGUUACAUAUGCUUAAGGUUACAUACGCUUCAGGUUACAGACUCCGCUUACCCAGAAAUAGUACCUCGGGUUAAGAACUUUGCUUCAGGAUGAGAACAGAAAUCGCACAGCAGCGGUGCAGCGGCAGCAGGAGGCCCCAUUAGCUAAAGUGGUACUUCAGGUUAAGAACAGUUUCAGGUUAAGAACGGACCUCCGGAACGAAUUAAGUACUUAACCACUGUAUAUUACUUUGGCCAUCACUUCGCAUACUUCACAGUGAGUUCAACCUAGAGGGAGGUAUUCAACUCAAUAUGAGUAAACAUAACCUUAGUCAUGUUCAUUAAUUCUAAUGGGUAAAACUUAGCUUAGGACCGCCUAGUGUAUUUCCAGAAAUUUGCUAGGGAAAUUUGGGUGGGGUGCGGGUGCAGAUGCGGGUGGAAGGUGGCCACCACAGAAAAAACACACAGUGCCUAGAAUUCAGAUAAGAUCCUGCAAAGGUAGGGGUAGGAAAGAGAAACUUCUCAGAAAUGUUCUCCGGAAAAUGUCUUCUAAGAAAUUUCAGCUUUUCUCUGCUUCAAGGGGCCAUUGCAAGGCAACACAUUUUUUUUUUGUUAAAAAAAGAUUGCUCUAACUGUUGACAGCUCUUAAGACUGAAACUGUCUUUUGAUCCACAGUGCAGAUGUACAACAUCUGGCUUUAUAGCUAUUCAUUCUGCAACUGGGCCACACUACACACGCUGUUGUGCAACAGUGUGUGUGUGUGUGCAACUUAUUUCCAUUUGAUGAAAAGCAGCUGCCAGAGCCUGCUUCUUUUGAGAUUUUCUGUCCAAAAUUCACCUCCCUACCCAAGCUGCUAACCCUGCCAAUGUCUUUUCCUUUGAAGAAAAAAGUGCACCAGUGUGGGUAUGUUGUUGUUGUUGUUGUUGCAAGUCAAGCCAACAUAGGACUCAGCUAGGCUGGUAAAGAAAAAGUGAUUUAUUUGCGUUGUAUGUGUGAUAUAACAUUGUGCCACCAGGUGACGACGUAGAGUCGCGUUUCUCUCUACCUGUUUUCCCUGUUUAAAUUUACAGCGCGUUCAACUGAAACGCUUUUUUGAUGUGUCUAGAUCUAGCCUUGCACUCAAUGCAUGACAUACAGUGGUACCUCGGUUUAAGAACAGUCCUGUUUAUGAACGAUUCAGUUUACGAAUUCCACAAAACCAGAAGUAGUAUCCCGGUUUGCGAACUUUACCUCAGUCUAAGAACGAAAUCCGAACGGUGGAAGGGCACCGGUGGCGGGAGGCCUCAUUAGGGAAAGUGUGUCUCGGUUUACGAAUGGUUUUGUUUUAAGAAUGGACUUCUGGAAUAGAUUAGGUUCGUAAACCGAGGUACCACUGUAUUGAGUUUGGUCUUCACAGUCUUCUUUCAACUUGACUUCACAGUCUCUUUGUAACUCAGCCCCCGGUUUCCCCCCAACUGAGUCCUACCCAGCAUUUUAUCUUAGGUUCUCUCUAUAAAUUCUCCACUUCCUCUUGAGAUUGGUUGACCUGGUUGGCUUCUGGGUCAACCCAAGGAGGGUGACCCAAGGUCUGUCCAUCACUGAUGGAGGAACAUGGGCUUGUCUCUGGGUUUGCCAGGCACUCUGGGCUUAAGAGAGCCCGGCAGGUUCGAAAUCACAGUAGUAGGCCAAUAUGUUUCCACAGUCUCAUAGCUCUAAGCUGAGGAGAAGAGGCUGAGAGCCAAAGCAAGCCUCUUUUGUGGGCAGAAUCCCCAGCUGCCCUGCCCAGUCCCAAGUUUGGAGGGGUUCAGGGAGAUUGGGGAGUUGCUAGUGGUCUUGUGCUGUGUUCCAAAAGGGCAAAAAUCAUUCCUCCCCUUUCUUUGCUGGAGGGGGGUGUGUGUCGGCAUGGUCACUGGUCAUGCCCAAGUUUUAGGGACCCUCCGCUGUGCCUAAAAUUCAGCAGAAAUGCCCAGCCUUCUUUCAAAUAACUCAGGAAAGAGCUCUGAACCAUUCCCUUAUUCCAAAUAGGAUUCCUCGCAAGAACAGGGAAAAGUUGACAGCUAUGCUCUGAACAGCCAGCAGCUAUUUUUUUUAAAAAAAAAAAACCAAGACAACAGCUGUAAUGACCCGCCAAAUAAUAGCGAUAAGUAUUUGCUAGAACUGCUUUGUUUAAUGGGGUGUUUGCGUUCCGAUUUGCAUUUAUAGCACUGCAAUUAAGCAUUCUUUCCUUGUUACUACUUCUAAAUGUCGCAUUCCUUCACUCCUUCUCAGUUGGCACCCGUGUUGGCUCUGUCAUCAUUUUUCCGACAGUUUCCCUGCGCAGGAUUGAACACUCUAUUGUUCCGCUACUGCUCAGAGACAAUGGCUUUGCCCGUGAGAUCAUCAUAAUUUCAUUAGUGACCAGAGGCAUAAAUGAGACCAUUUUUUUUUUUUAAAAAAAAAAUCCUUUGUAAAGCUGAUCAGAUCACCAUCGCACAUUAUUUUUAGUUUACUUUGUUAUAUUUAUUAUGCUCAUUCUGUGAAGCCUCAGGCAGGGUCAAGGGUUAGCAAACUGUUUUGCCCAAUCCAGUUGGUUUUUUUUUAUGGAGUGUGGCAAUGGAGAUGGGGAAGAAGUUUGAUUCAGUUCACAUUUAAAGGCAUACCUACUUAAUUUACACUUUCCAAUAGAAUAUGUAAGCCAAAGGGCACCCAUCCUUCGAAAUUCACAUUUCUCCAAAUUUUUCAGUGCAGUCCUGCAGCCAAUGUAUAAAAUGCAUUUACUAAAGCAAACAAUGCGUAUGAAUGCAUAUAUUAGCUUUUUUAAAUCCCCAAAUGCAUUAUAUUAGGGGAAAUAGCCUUACAAAAAAAAAAAACAUGAACGCAAGGGAUGAUUGCAUACUGUAAUGUGUACGUUAGGAAAAAUUUGCACAGAAGUGCUGACGAAUUUUCAUGGGGAUUAAGCCUCGCCUUUUCUCCUGUAAAAUGCUUCCCUUUGGGGCUGGGCUGGGCGUGAGAGAGAGGAUGGCAUUAAGGUUCCUUGUGGCUAGCAGUGCACCAAGAAGGGAGAGGAAGGCAAUUCAGUUGGUGAACCUCCCCAAUUUGCACUUUACGAAAUGCAGCCGUCUUUCGAAAACCGCACUUCUCUUAACUUUUCAAUGCAUUUCUUCAGGCAAGCAGUGCGCCCCCCCCACAUGCCUACACUGUGGUAAAGUGUGCAUAAAAUAACAUACACAAAUACAUUUUACAGUGGUACCUCUAGUUGCGGACUUAAUCCAUUUCGGGGUGCCGUUCGCACCCCGAAAAGUCCUUAACUAGAGCGCCUCUUCUGCACAUGUGUAUGGCGCAAUCGAGUGCUUCUGUGCAUGUGCAAGGCGUGCAGAUCACUUCUGCGCAUGCAUGAAGCGCGCAGAUCGCUUCUGCGCAUGUGCGGGCAGCGAACCCGGAAUUUAAACACUUCCAGGUUUGCCGCGUUUAUAAGUUGAAAGUCCGUAACGAGAGUGGAACGCAACACGAGGUAUGACAUUAGGGGGCAUGGCUUUGCAAAAUAAUGCAUUUUAGGCAUACAAAUAAACACUCUGAGAAGUUCAUGCAGAAGUGCUGCUGAAUUUUCAUGAGGAACUGUUACAGGCAAAUGGGCAAACCGAUGUUAAGAUGUGGAAAACUAAAGGGUGGAGAAAUGAGAAGCUGAGAGAAGCAGGAAUUGACAAAUUUGCCUAUCCCUAGUAAAAGGUAAAGGGACCCCUGACCAUUAGGUCCGGUCGCGGACGACUCUGGAGUUGUGGCGCUCAUCUCGCUUUAUUGGCCGAGGGAGCCGGCGUACAGCUUCUGGGUCAUGUGGCCAGCAGGACUAAGCUGCUUCUGGCAAACCAGAGCAGCGCACAGAAACGCCGUUUACCUUCCCGCCGGAGCGGUACCUAUUUAUCUACUUGCACUUUGAUGUGCUUUCGAACUGCGUAGUGGAGGCUAAAUAAUUAUUCCACCUGUUACUAAUCACUGGAGAAUCUAGUACGCUGAGCCCCUUCGUGUCCCUUUUCAAUAAACUUAACAGCUAUCCUAUCUAUGUCACAUCUCAGGAGGGGGAAAAAAUGAAAUCCUUUUGCAAGUAAGAUUUUUCACAAGAUGUUACUUCAAAUUUGUCUUUGAAAUCUUGAUCUAUCACACCUGCUUUGUUCUCUAGGCUGGGCCCACUCCUUCUGGAGAACAUAGAGAACUAAGAGGGCAGAGUGACCUCGGAGGCAGAAUUAUGGUAGUCUGUCGGGAAAUAAUAAAUCGUCAACAUUUUUCACCUACUUAUUUGGUGAAGCAUUCUUCACAGAAACUUGUCUGUUUGCAGUGAAUUGUCUAGCACAGCUUGGUACCUUCUCUUCCAACUUUCUUCCACACCCUUGGGAAAAGUGGAAUAAAUCUAAAUCAAGAAUUAGGUAUGAAUAGUUCUGUAGGAGACCAUACAGACUAUUGAUCAUCCCUUGCCUUUUCCUCCAGUGCUACUCCUAAGGUCCAGAGAAGACAAACACCAAAUGUUGUCUAAUGCAGAAUAUGGAUCUGGGAGAUACUUUAUGUUUUUCUCUGGAUAUUUCCACAUUGCCUCAAAAGCUGCUCCAUGUUUCUGACAUACAUCUGCAAAAGGGAAGAAGCAAAUUUCCCCAUUUAUUGCAUGCUUAUGCUGAUUUCGCAUGAAAUUUAAAUCCUAACAUCACUGUGCUGUGUUCCUUCCUCACAAUGUAAACCUCUGCAGGUUUACUCAGAAGUAAGUGCCACUGAGUGCCGCUGUAUUCAGUGGGGCUUGGUCCCACAAAAGCAUUGUGUAGAUUGCAACCUAAAAGUCACAGAAAUCUGACUUAAUUCCCCAUGGUGUUUAAUGUUUUAAUUUGUUGGAAGUCACCCAGAGUGGCUGGGGCAACCCAGUCUGACGGACAGCACAGUCGUCUUCUUCUUCUUCUUCUUCUUCUUCUUCUUCUUCUUCUUCUUCUUCCUCCUCCUCCUCCUCCUCACCAACUAAAAGGCAUAGAAACCAGAUACAGUGCAGAUACUAUUUCACAUCCAUUGGAUCUAACUAGCACUCAUUAGGUUCCUUAUUCAAAGGAAAGAUUGGAUACCUAUUGUGCAUCCAUUUAUUUCAAUUAGUGCUCAUAAUAUUUCCCUGCCCAAUUGCUUUCUAGACUGUUAUUUUGCACCCUCCUCCCUUCUGUGAAGCAUCCCUUUCCCUUCUUUUAAGGCUGCAUUCAUACAGCAUUUGAUCUCCUUUCCCCCUACAUUUCCCCAAACUGUUAAUUUCUGCAUUAAAUUUGAACUUUCACAUGAUGUAAAAGCCACUUCUGGAAAAGUAAUGGAAUAUAGUGCUUGCUUAGCACUCAUUUCCAUGUUAUUUUAUACUGGGGGAGUGGGGAAACCCUGUCAACAGCCCCCUUAACAUGGAAAAUCGCAGGAGCAAAGUGAUGAAAUAAGCAGACACAACUUUCUAGGCCAGGGUUUGUGCACUGCAUAUGGCUGGCAGGUUGCACACCUGUCUAUCACUUGACAUUACAGUGACACCUGGUGACCCAUUUUUGCCCAUGCCAUUUGAAACAGAGCCUUGUAGCAACAGUCAGCCGUUGCAACAUCCUUUGCAUGGGGCUUCCCAAGUGCCAACAAUCAGUUUGUUUGCAGGCAACCCAUUGGCAAUGCCUGCAAAUCCCUUUUAUCAAAGCCCCACCUUGGGUUGUAGGGCAGGUGGCCGUGGCUAGGCUGAAAUGGCUUCACAGACCUAGUGGAUCUCAUUCAGCCCAUACCCCUGUUCUAGACCAGGGCAAGGGUGAGAAUUGCGCAUUUAUUGCUAUAACCUGCCUUGAGUCUUUGGGGCACAGCAGACUAUAAACCUAAAUUAGCAGAAGAUGAUCCAGGAUGUGGCUCAUGAUAUUACAUAGCUAUAGUGUCUCUGAUCCCGAACUUAGUUGGUUCCAUAGGCAACAAUAGACCCAAAAUGUUUAAGUUUAAUAACAGGUAACCAUCUCCAGCUUGACUUGGAACAUGUUCACCUAAAAUGGGUGAUUCAGAUUCAUUUUUAUAGCAGGCCCAAAGUAUCUUGGUGUACGCUUGGACCUAUGCUCAGCUCCAAGUCUUGUUGCACUGAGUGAUGGCAUCCGGCACACAGUAAGCUUGGAGAUCCCUUUUUUAAAUACCUGCCCAAUGGAGCACUACAAGCCCCAGAAACCUUGCCUUUCUGUGCCAUUUUACUGGGCACCACAAUGUAAGAAGGAUAUUGAUAAACUGGAAUGGGUGCAGAGGAGAGCAACCUCAGCGGUCUGGAAAACAAGCCUUAUGAGGUGGGUAUGUUUAGCCUGGAAAAGAAGAGACUGAGAUAUGACAGCCAUCUGCAACUAUCUUAAGGGCUGUCACAUGGAGGAAGGAGCAUGCUUUUUUUCUCCUGCUCUGGAGAGUAGGACUUGAGCCAGUAGCUUCAAGUUACAAGAAAGGAGAUUCCAACUCAACAUCAGGAAGAAUGAUCUGACAUCUGUUUGACAGUGGAAUAGACUCCCUCAGGAGGUUGUGGACUCUCCUUCCUUUAAAGCAGAGGUUUUUAAGCAGAGGUUGGAUGGCCAUCUGCCAUGGAUGCUUUAGUUGAGAUUCCUGCAUUGCAUGGGGUUGGACUAGAUGACCCUUGGGGUCCCUUCCAACUCUACAAUUCUGUGUUUCUAUGAUUGUCUCGUAAUGCCCCUACUGCCCUCUUCUUUUUCUGCAAAACAUAGCUGGCAGUGAAAGAAGGGCUCCUGCAGCCUUGAUUCAGUACCAUGAUUGCACAGAAUUGCAAGUUUCCAAGGCUUGGGGGGUCCUUGCUACAUUUCUCAGACUCCUGGCAACCACAAGUUACAGCAGGGUAAGAAGAGGGUUGCUUUGGUGGCCAAACUACCAUAUUUUUCCAUCUAUAGGACGCCCCCAUGUAUAAGACCCCCCUAUUUUGGGGGGACUCAAUUUUAAGAAAAUGAGGGGAGAUGACCCGUGGGCAGGAGCGCAACCACCCCUGUUGCUGCCAUGUGGGGGAAAGGAUCCAGGGAGUGCCCACCAUGCGCAGCGGCAUUGGGGGAAGUUGCACUCCCACCAACGAGCUGGCUGGCGGUGUGCAGCUUCUCCCCCCCUGCAGCUGCAGGCAGGAAACACCCCCCAGAUCACUCCCCCUUUGCUGCAGCAUCGGGGGAAGCCACGCUCCCUUCAACCGGGUGGCUGGCGGUGCCCUGCUCCCCCCCCCAUGCCACUAUCCGUGUAUUGGACGACCUCAGUUUUUUUGAGUCAAAAAACCUCCUCCAAUACACGGAAAAAUACGGUAACUAUGAGUGGAGCCUCAGCAGUAGCAGAUGGUGAAGUCUCUUCAUUUACCUUACCUCUGGUCAGUUGCAUUGCUGCUUUUACCAGGUGAUGGCGAGCUCAGCAUGGUACCAGCCCACUGGCAGGGGCCUCAGUCUGGCUCCCCAAGCACCCUUGCAUCACACCACUGCCCCUAUCUCCUUGUAAGUAGCAGCAAUGCGGCCGACUGGAGGCCAGGUGAGCGGCAGCUUACCCACCUUGCCAUCAAGGAGUCCAGGCUCAAUUCAUCAUUAGCUAAGAACUUUAAAGCAGAGUUGGUUUGUACUCUGAUCUCACCAGUUCCCAAUAUUAGCUGCGCUACUAUGCAUAUGACAUUGCGAUUGUACAAAAAGCUGCUUAUUGAAUUAAGUAUGCAUUCUUACAUGAUGUUUUUAUCUGCUUUGCGUUUCUGUUUGCUGCCCCUUAGAUGUGUGUUUUUGGAUUGCAGGUCGAAAGUUUAAGAAGUUCAAUAAGCUCAAAGUGCUGAGAGCAUUAGAUGUUGCACUCCAGCCAUCGGUAGCCCUUCCUAAGGACGGCCAAGCCCUGGCACAAAGGCUCUCUUUUUCUCCAGCACAAGAAGUCCAGCUUAUUCCUCCAUUGAUCAAUGUCUUGGAGAGCAUCGAACCGGAAGUGGUCUAUGCAGGAUAUGACAACACACAACCAGAAACCCCAAGUGCUUUGUUGACCAGCCUCAAUCAACUAUGUGAGAGGCAGCUCCUCUGUGUAGUCAAGUGGUCCAAGUCAUUACCAGGUAACGGUUUGGGUAACAGUACCGCUCUGUUCUGCUUUGUUCAGACCUUAUCUGGAAAACAGCGUCCAGUUUUGAGAGUCACAGUUUAAGAAGGAAAUUGACUAACUAGAAUGUGGUCCAGAAGUAGGUGAGAAAGAUGGGGAGGGACUUAGAGACCAACUCAUAUAAUGAAGGACUGAAAGAAGCGGGUAUGUUCAGCCUGGGGAAAGGAUGAUCAAUAGUCAUCUUCAAAUAUUUGAUAGAGCAAAUUUGUUCUCUGCUGCUUCAGAGGGUAGGAUUCAGGCCAAGCUUUCAAAUUACCGGAAAGGGAUUCCAACUAAACAUUAGGAAGAAAUUUGUGAUGGUAUGGGUUGUUUGACUUGUUAGCAAUACUGCGCUAAAUGAACCAAUUGGCUUGGUAUAAGACAAUGUAGGCAUUGUAAAAAUGAUAAUAACAUAAUAAUAAUAAAAAUCAGCCGCAAUAACACAUUAGAUAUUAUCUCAUGUGCCCUAUCCACAGCUUUUCCCCUGCUGCUUUGAUAUUUAGGUGUAUCUUGAAUACAUUAUUAUGCCAACAGGCCUGUGAAGUUGUUUAAUUUUUAUUUUGAUUAGCCAUCCAUCUUAAUGAUUAUCUGUAUUUUAAAUUUUGAAGGGUUUAAGGAUUUGACACUGUUCACCACCCUGAUAUUUUUCAUGAUAUGGUGGUAAAGGAAUGCUUCUAUAAAUAAAUGGUUCAGAUGCUUUAAUAGGACACCGAUAGGAUGUUUCACCGUAUAUUUAAAGCACAUCCAAAGUAUAUUUAAACCACAUGGCUUCCCCCAAAGAAUUCUGGGAACUGUAGUUUCACACUCACAAAGCACCCUUAACAAACUGCAGUUCCCAGGGUGGUGUGGAUCUGCCUUCUGUUCAUACUGUCUUCUAGUUAGACAACUCUGUUCCCCUUGCUGUUGUGAAAUGAAAAGGAAUUCUAGGCAUCUGAUUGGUCCCUGUAAGAACAGGAUUCUGGCUCCAAUUUGCCCGUGGCUUGAUCCAGAACGUAGCUUGAUCUCCUUUUGUUCUCAUGGAGGCGGCACAUCUGAGGGUUCAGGCAAGUUCAUAUGAGGAAAGGCAGGUUAAACAUUCAUUUAAUCCUUUGGAGCAAUUCAUGGGCAAGGCUUAAAUCUAGAUCUAAUCCCUUGUUACGACAUUUCCUUCUAACCAACAAGUUGGUUUUUAAGCAUCCAUUUCAUUUUAGCUCAGGCUGAACAGGAUAACGUCUGGUGAAUGGAUGUGCUGCUUGUUUGUUGUUUUAAAAAACGUUUACUCCAUUAUAUGUAUUAUUUUAAUGAGGGAAUAUUUCCAUAUUUUCCCAUGCAAUAAAUUUCCAACGUAUCUACUUCCCUGUCCCACCUGUUGGUUGCUAUCGAAAGACAGACUAUAAAAUGGCUAUGCAGUACCUCAUGGGUCGUCAACCUGUGGCCCAUAGGCCACAAGCAGUCCAUGUAAAGGUAAAGGUAAAGGGACCCCUGACCAUUAGGUCCAGUCGUGACCGACUCUGGGGUUGCGGCGCUCAUCUCGCUUUAUUGGCCGAGGGAGCUGGCGUACAGCUUCCGGGUCAUGUGGCCAGCAUGACUAAGCCGCUUCUGGAGAACCAGAGCAGCGCACGGAAACGCCGUUUACCUUCCCGCCGGAGCGGUACCUAUUUAUCUACUUGCACUUUGACGUGCUUUCGAACUGCUAGGUUGGCAGGAGCUGGGACCGAGCAACGGGAGCUCACCCCAUCACGGGGAUUCGAAUCGCUGACCUUCUGAUCAGCAAGUCCUAAGCUUUGUGGUUUAACCCACAGCGCCACCCAUGUCCCCCAAGCAGUCCAUGAGGGUUGUUUAAAUGGCCCCCGAGCCGCCCCCGAACAGAGCUGCCUGCUUGGCAAGUCCCCGCGCGCUGCGCUAAACCGAUGCAGCGUGGAGCGGGGACUCACUUCUGCGGUGCAGGGAAUCGCAUCUGCGCAGACGCGAUCCAGCCCAUGGAGUGAUCUCUGCAAGAGUGAACCAUCCAGGCGAGGUAAACCCUGCAGUACCUCUUACCACCAGAGAUGGCAUACUGCUGAAUACUAGUUGCUGGGAACGACAAAUGGGGAUGGUGCCAUUGCACUUGGGUCCUGCUUGUGAGCAUCCCAUAAGGGUAUCUCUCUGGCCACCGAGAGAGCAGGAUGCUGCACCAGAUGGCCUGAUUCUUCUUGCAUUCCUAUAGCCCUCAGCGCUUCCAACUCCUGUGCCUUUCUCAGCAUUGCUUUAAUCGUUGUUUCAGCAAGGUGGCUGCAGGGAGAGGAGAUGUGUGCUUCUCUUAUUUACUGAGCAUAUUAAUGUAAACCCAGCUUGUCCACAGUAAGAAGAUUGCAUAGGCCGAACCUGCAUAAUUUGAGACCCUCUGUGCCAGACGCCAUCCACCGUACGUGCCUUUUGAAAUGAGAAGGGCUGCAAAUUCUCUUUUCUCUUUAAAUCAUUUUUAUUAGUUUUUGCAUAUAAUUUCCAAACAUCACAUCACAUCAUCCUCAUUUUGGCUAUGAUAGCCUGUGACUUCCGUCAAUGCUGUCUAGUGAUUUUCAAAUUUAUCUGAUCUUGCAUUUUAUUAUUAUAAUUAAUGCUUUUAAACUUUGUCUCCUAAUUAUUUCCUCCGUAAAUCAUUUUACAAUAAUUUAUAUAGUCCUCCUUACAAAACUUCUUGUAAACCAACAAGCGAUGUUACAUUAAUGCAAUUGUCUUUCAAAUAAGGCAUAUAUUUCUUCCAAUCCUUAAGGAAGUCCUGGUCUUUCUGGUUCUGAAUUCUCCCAGUCAACUUUGCCAGUAAUAAUAAUAAUAAUAAUAAUAAUAAUAAUAAUAAUAAUAAUUUAAUAUUUAUACCCCGCCCAUCUGGCUGAGUUUCCCCAGCCACUCUGGGCGGCUUCCAAUCAAGUGUUAAAAACAGCACAGCAUUAAAUAUUUAAAACUUUCCUGAACAGGGCUGCCUUCAUAUGUCUUUUAAAGAUAGGAUAGCUGCUUAUUUCCUUCACAUCUGAAGGGAGGGUGUUCCACGGGGUGGGCGCCACUACCAAGAAGGCUCUCUGCCUGGUUCCCUGUAACUUGGCUUCUCGCAAUGAGGGAACUGCCAGAAGGCCCUAGGCGCUGGAUCUCAGUGUCCGGGCUGAACGAUGGGGGUGGAGACGCUCCUUCAGGUAUACAGGACCGAGGCCGUUCUGCAUCCUCCAUCAGUUUUAUUUGCUACUCCUCCUUCACUGGUAAUUCUUCCUGUUUCCGUCGUUGGGCUAAUAAUACUCUCACUACUGUAGUUGCGUAUAAAAACAAGUUUUUAUCCUGUCUAUUAAUUUCUGUCCUUCAAUACCAAGUAAAAAUGCUUCUGGUCUUUUCACAAAUGUAUAUUUCAACAUUUUCUUCAUCUCAUUAUAUAUCAUUUCCCAGAAGCAUUUUACUUUCUUCAAGCCCACCACAUAUGGUAAAAGGCACCUUUUCACGUUGUUAACCUGCCUCCUCCUCUCCACUUUUCCAGGAUUCCGGGGCCUACACAUUGAUGAUCAGAUAACCCUUAUCCAGUACUCCUGGAUGAGCCUAAUGGUGUUUGCCAUGGGAUGGAGGUCUUAUAAGCAUGUCUGUGGGCAGAUGCUGUAUUUUGCACCUGACUUAAUACUGAAUGAGUAAGUAAAGGAUUCCAGCUUCUCUUACGUUAUUCACGUGCUCUUGCUCUCUAAACAUUGCAUGUGUUAAGCAAUGCCAGUUCCAACUACCUGCAGUGGUAUGUAAAUAUAACAGGAGGUUAAAAUAGAUGCAAUAUUUUAGAAGCCUGGGUGAAUAAAAAUGUUUCCACCUGGUGCCAAAAGAAAAUAAGGACCGGAUUGCCAAAAUGUUAAUUGCCAGGAAUUAGAAAGGGGAUAUGCUACCAACAAAGGCAGACUGGCAAAAUAAGCUGUGUGAGUAUCUGGAAUUGGCUAAAAUGACACCGAUAAUUAGACAACAAUCAAACCAAAAACUUUUUUAAGAGAGUGGGAAAGUGGGAAAGAAUAUCUGGCAAAAUAUUGUUCCCAAAUCAAACCCUUGAUAUAUAUUGAAUAAAUUUCGCAAAGUAAAAAUUCAGAUAGGUAAGUUAUUUAUUGUGUGUAAAUGAGAUAAUAAUCAACACAAUUGAAAAGAAAAUAGGAUAGUAGAAGCUGCAAUGAGGUGGUAGGAAGUCAUGGGUGAAGAAAUGUGGAUAUUGUUUGGAUUUGUUUUAUAUUUAAUAUAUGUUAAAGUAUGGAUUGGAAUAUGUAACUGUCUAAUGAAAGAAAAUUAAAUUUAAAAAAUUGAAUGUAAAAAAGAAAAGAAGAAAAAGGAAAGAAAAGAAGGACCAGGUGAAUAUUUUUGAUGUGGUGAGUUCCAUAAAUGUGGUACAUGAGUGGAAAGGUCCCAUCUCUGAUCACCACCCACAUUUCUUCCAUUGGAGGGUGAACAUGGAGCAGCUGAUCGGAGACUGGUGCUAAUAAAUAGGUUCAUGCUCCCAAACAGUUGAAGGGUGUAUAGGUUAAAACCAGCAUUUUAAAUUGUGCUUGGACCAGAAGCUACUUCAGGUGUUCUCAGACUUGCAUGAUACCUUCUAUAGGACCAGACCCAGAUAAAACAGGUGCUGUUGUUGGGUUUUGCACUAACUGCUGUUUCUGAACAGUCUUCAAAGGCAGCCCCACAUAUAGGGCAUGGCAGCAGUCAAUGCAAGAUGCUGGCAGUGCAUGCAACUCUCUCUCUGUCCAGGAGGGGUCACAGCUGGCGAUGGUGAUGAUGGGUGCUUCGAAACCCAAAGGCCACAUGGACCUUUAAAGAUAAGACUAAUCUGAUAGUGCCUUUAGACUGUGAGCCUGAUCUUUCAAGGGGAGUGCAACUCCAUGCAGUCCAGAUGGAGCCAUCUGUAGUAGUUCCAUCAAACCUGGCUUGAGCUUCAGUUCAUUGGCUUUCUUCCAAUCCAUUUUUGAUUGGAGGAGGGAAUUGCCAAGAAUUACACAUGUGUGAUUGAGACCAAAAGAGUGAAUAAAGCGACUGAGUCAAUUCAUGGCAGAAUUGAGAUUUGAAUGGUAAUUGUCACAAACACUUUGCUUGAGAGUUCACAACCUUCACAUACCCAUACUGGGUUUUGGAGGGGCUAUAGCAGUUAGUUGUUUUACUUACCCAUCAUCAGAUUUUAAUGCUUAUCACUUAUUUCCAGUCAUAUGCCAUAACAUCGGCACAUGAGAUAUUUGACACUGUGCUGUUUUAUACUGCUGCAAUUGGCAAAAUAAAAUUAUUUUUUUAAAGUGAAGACUUUGUGGCUUCCAAGCUCAUCCUCACACACACACACACACACACACACCGCUUCUUGAAGGGCUAACUUUUUAUUUUAUUUUUAUCUGUAUGGUAACAAACUUGUUAGUAAGAAAAAGUCAUGAUCAGAUACCCAGCACGCUUGGUUCCAAGGUUUGUACAUGGAAUAAUCAUGGACUUAGCAUUCAUUUAUUUAAGUUUCUUUCUUGUUUUCUGGGUGAAAGACAGAGGAUGAAGGACUCAUCAUUCUAUUCACUGUGCCUGACCAUGUGGCAAAUUCCCCAGGAGUUUGUCAGGCUGCAAGUAAGCAGUGAAGAGUAUCUCUGCAUGAAAGCCUUGCUCCUUCUCAAUACAAGUAAGACACAGCUGCUUCUUCUUCUUCUUCUUCUUCUUCUUCUUCUUCUUCUUCUUCUUCUUCCUCUUCCUCCUCUUCCUCUUCUUCACAUGGCACAUUUUAUGUAUGCUCCAUCCAAUUGCCUGGGUGAAAACAAAAAGCUGAAUUUUCAAGGACCACAGGGACAUAACUUAAUGGUUAGGGACUGUAGCUCAGAGGUGAUUCCUAGCAAGUGGUAUUCUGAGGUAUACUGCCCUUGGCACUGGAGGCACGACAGAGGCAACAUGGCUAGUGCCCAUUGAUAGCUUUAUCCUUCAUGAAUGUGUCUGGUCCCUUUUAAAGUCAUCCAAGCUGGUAGCCAUCACUACAUCGCAGAAGUGGGCAAGGAAGCAGUUUCAUGUUUCUGGUGCAUAGCCUUUUCUGCGUCAAUUGGCCCUUAAACACAUGAGGAUGAGCAUACAAGUGUGAAUAAGAGUAAAGCAUUAGGAGGGGAAUCUCCUCCCCCCAGCCUCACCCAUCAUGCAAAUCUCCCCAGCCUCCAGUUGCUACCCAUCACCCAAACUCUGAUCAAACAGGGUUAAUUUGGUGAUGAACUUUGAGUUUAGAUAUCUGCUUCAGAGGGACGCAGGUGGCCAUGUGGUCUAAACUACUGAGCCUCUUGGGCUUGCUGAUCAGAAGGUCGGUGGUUCGGUCCCAGCUCCUGUCAACUUAGCAGUUCGAAAGCACAUAGUAGUGCAAGUAGAUAAAUAGGUACCGCUCCGGUGGGAAGGUAAAUGGUGUUUCCGUGUGCUGCUCUGGUUUCGGUGUUCUGUUGCGCCAGAAGCGGCUUAGUCAUGCUGGCCACAUGACCUGGAAAAACUGUCUGAGAACAAAUGCCAGCUCCCUCGGCCUGUAAAGCGAGAUGAGAGCCGCAACCCCAGAGUUGUCUGAGACUGGACUUAACUGUCAGGGGUCCUUUACCUUUACCUUUUUUAUCUGCUUCAAACUCUGUCCAACAUACCCAGGUAACUUUGUGAAUCUGUACAACCCCUGAGAAAGGAUGAGAAUGUGCUUUUUGCUUUAUUUCAGAAUUUGAGCAACGGGGGGCGGGGAGACAAAGCAAAACAAUGUGUGUUGUCUUUCCCUCCCUCUUUCAGUUCCAUUGGAAGGUCUCAGAAGCCAAAGCCAGUUCGAGGAGAUGAGAACAAACUACAUCAGAGAGCUGGUCAAGGCAAUCGGGCUGCGGCAGAAAGGGGUCGUGGCUAGUUCGCAACGCUUCUAUCAGCUGACGAAACUUAUGGACUCCAUGCACGAUGUAAGUUUAUUUCAGCAAUCUGUAAGAUUAUCUUACUGUUACACACCACCCCAGUCUCUGAGCAGUGAAAGACUCCAAGGCUUCGAAGCUCCUGCCCAGGGUUCAUUUGCCUUGGAAUGAAGGUCAGCUGAGACUGUUUUGUCUUUAGGAUAUAUGCUGUCACCGUAUUUUUUGCUUUAUAGGACAUACCCGACCAUAGGACACACCUUGUUUUAGAGGGGGAGAACAAGAAAAAAAAUUCUCCCCCUCUCUGCUCAGCACCCCUUCAGCGAAGCGGCAGGAGAAACGAAGCCCCUUCCAUUUCUCCUCCCGCUUGGCUGAAGGGGCGCUGCGCAGCUCUCCCUCUCUGCUGAAGCCAGGAGAGUCUUGCUCUCCCGGCUUCAGCAAAAGGAACCCGAAGCCUUCGGAGCGCAGCACGAGUUCCCGCUGCGCUCCAAAGGCUUCAGGCGGCUAUCCCUGAAGCCUGGAGAGUGAGAGGGGUCAGUGCACACCGACCCCUCUCGCUCUCCAGGCUUCAGCGAAAGCAACGUGUAGCCUCCGGAGCAUGGAGGGAGCGCUCCCUCUGCGCUUUGGAGGCUUCACAUUGCUAUCGCUGAAGCCAAGGAGCCGGCAUUCUCUCCCCUUAAUUUUUGGAGGGGGAAAAGUGCAUCCUAUAGAGUGAAAAAUACGGUAUUUACACAUUUAUGCGUCUUCAUCCCUGCCCCCAAAAGAAAUCUGAAGCCGAGCUUAGGAUAGCAAUGUGCAUAUAUAUAUAUAUAUAUAUGCAAUUAUGCAAUCAUUUUCUCCUUGCUAGUAGGGGUGGAGAGGAAAUUAGGCUUGAGUUCUUACUUAAAGGCAAACCAACUUAAUUUGCACUUUCUGAAGCAAUAGGAGCUAUGAAAUACAGCCAUCCUUCGAAAUCUACACUUUUUUUUCAAAUUUUGCAAUUCAUUUCUCUAGCCCAGUAAUAAUGUGCACAGAUAUGCAUGUAUUGAGGAAAAGUGUACAUAAAAUACAUGAAAAUAACACACAAUGCAUUAUUUUAGGGGAAAUGGCUUUGCACAAAUGUGUACAUUAGGAAACAAUGCGUACAAACCUGUGUAUAUUUAAAGAUCAAUUUGCACUAAAAUGCCAGUGAAUUUUCAUGAGGAUUUAAAAGAAAUACCCUGCAAACUGGGGUGGAAAUAUGGAGACUUAAGAUUGGGGGGUGGGUUGAGAAACUGAGGGAAAGAGAAACUCACAGAUCGGCCCAUUCCCAAUUUAAUCACUAGGUCUCAUUCUCACAUUGCCACAGUAGCUUAGUGGUCACCUAGAAAUAUUCACCUGUCAUUUUGUCUCCCGCCGUGAAGUGGGAUGAGGAUGAGAUUGUGAGAAGCAGGGAAGAUGAGAGAGAAAAUAUAACUUCCUGCAUUGCACACAGCUUCAUAAGUAUCGGGCAAUUAUGGGAUGUGGGGGGAGGCAGAGUGAAGAACAACGUACAUUGUUUGGAUGAUUUAUUGGUUUUUUUAAAUUGUUGAUUUUCUUGUUAAAAAAUUAAAAAAUACAGCUUGUGAAACAACUCCAUCUCUACUGCUUGAAUACUUUCCUCCAAUCUCGGGCGCUGAGUGUAGACUUUCCAGAGAUGAUGUCGGAAGUGAUCGCUGCCCAACUACCCAAGAUUCUGGCAGGCAUGGUGAAGCCUCUCCUCUUUCAUAAAAAGUGAAAUGCUGUCUCUCUUGGCUGCCUCUAACCUCUCCCCAGCCCAGCCCCUUCUCUCAUUGGCAGAGAUAACACCCAGCAAAUGUACAUUUUUAAAAAAUUGUGGGAGUUGGUUCAGGGUUUGGGAUUUUGCAGUGCCAGGGUUUUUAGCCCGUGUCCGACACCUGUGAGUUUAUGCUCCACAAAUGUUCUUAUGGUAAAACUUUCUCCUAUUACUAUUCUUUUACAACAGGUUUUUCGGGGGGCGGGGGGGGUUAUCAUGACCAAUAUUUGUCAUAAGAAAUGUUUUAUAAUAGGCCUGAUUGAAUUUCUCCCGAGGAAUAAACAAGAGAUCAGUUUUGUUUCGUUGUUUUCUGAGAACGGAAAGUUACCUUGUACAUUUCCCCUCUUCAUAUUAUUCAUUUUUAAAUUUCUGCAAUGUAGUAAGGUUUUAGCUUUUAAUACAUUUGUGCGAGCACGUGGCUGUAUGUGUAUAUGUAUAUAAAAUGCAAAGAAUGUGUUGAAAAUAAAAUAUAAAUUGUCUUCUA